GGAGCCGCCGGAGGAAGGAGUACCGGCGAAGGGUUUGUGUAUGCGCGCGCGCUUGUCUGUGCGUAUUACAGGUGGUUCUCAUGAGGGCUAGAAACUUGACGGGCGGGGGGAGGUGGAUUUAACAGCCCGGGUAAGGAGAAUCCGGGCGGCGGGCGCUGGGUGUCAUUGUAGGGCAGGCCGGCGGCUUGUUCCCUGUUAUGUGCUUUGCGUUUCCUGUAAGGCCUGGUUCAGGGCCGGAUUUAAGUUUGAUGAGGCCCUAAGCUACUGAAGGUGAUGGGGCCCUUUAUAUGUCCAGCUGUCCUUUGUCAACAACAAAUUGUCGCUGUUUUGUGUGUUGAAUAUAUGGUAAUUUAUGGACCUAAUAGGUAUCUAAAGCCAUUUGCACAUAACAGAAUGUGUAUUUUAUCAAAGUAAUUGUUGAACUGAAAAACAGUAUAUUAACAUUAAUAUUUUUCCUUUAAUUUUUUUUGGGGCCCCCCCAAGAGAGUGGGGCCCUAAGCUAUAGCUUGUUUAGCUUAUACGUAAAUCUGACACUGGCCUGGUUCUAGGACCGUGUUGUUAUUUCAUGUAUCAGAAGGUACUUUCGAAAAUGGGCUGGGGGGGGGGAUGCUGUCUGCUUUUAAUGCUCCCCAAGAAUCCUGAAAGGGUUGCUUUUCCAGUAGGUUUCAGUGUAGCUUAAUCCUCCUUAAGGCUCCUGCGUGGCUUACUUUGAGAGGAAGUUAUCAUUUUGUGGUUUUUCACUUGCCCUCAGAGAUAGGUAAGUUGAUGUUCUCCAGAUGUUGGGCUGGGUGAAAGGAGUGGGGGUGUUUACUUACUUAGGCUAUAGUCACAAAGCCCAAUUCCCACUCCAUUAGUUUUCCCUAAACCUGUGCCGCUGCUGCUACCAUUCAGCCUGCCGCCUUAUUCCCUCUGUAACCUUAACUUGACAUUUACAUGGUAACCGUGGGGGUACAGGUGCAGUACAAAGCCAGUCAGAUGCAAAUAUUGUAUCGGGAUGUAUUUGAGUAGACCUAAGUUGGCCAUGGGACGCGGGUGGCACUGUGGGUUAAACCACAGAGCCUAGGACUUGCUCAUCAGAAGGUCAGCGGUUUGAAUCCCCGCGACGGGGUGAGCUCCCGUUGCUCGGUCCCUGCUCCUGCCAACCUAGCAGUUCAAAAGCACAUCAAAGUGCAUGUAGAUAAAUAGGUACCGCUCCGGCGGGAAGGUAAACGGCAUUUCCGAGCGCUGCUCUAGUUCUCCAGAAGCGACUUAGUCAUGCUGGCCACAUGACCCGGAAGCUGUACGCCGGCUUCCUCUGCCAAUAAAGCGAGAGAAGCGCCGCAACCCCAGACUGGACCUAAUCGUCAGGGGUCCCUUUAAGUUGGCCAUGCCCACUGACUUCAAUGGAUCUGCCCUGAGUUGGGCCUGGAAUGAUGACCGCUCAAUAUAUUUAGCAAAUGUUUCACGGAACUGUAGAGUUGGAAGGCACCUCGAGGGUCAUCUAGUCCAAACCCUUGUGGGUGGGUUGGGAAUCCGUCCCACAUCCCUCAUGUCACCCAGUGGUGUUGGGUGAAGUAAGAAUCUGGUCAUCUGGAGCUAGUUUCCCAAUAUAUAAACAUAUUAAAAUAGCAGUCCUAUAUGUGUUUACCUGGGAAUAUGUUCCACUGAAUCCAGUGGGACUCAUGAGUAGCUUUGCAUAGGAUUCUACUGCUAGUUGUUGUUUUUUUAAAGUAGAGUGUCUUUAUUACAGUCGUUUGGAGAGUGAAAAUGUAAACCACAGGGUAUGGGCUGGGUCAGAAAGAUCCAUGCUAGAUCAGAGGUCAACAUUAUUAUUAAUAAUAAUAAACAAGUUUUGUAUUCUGCCCUUAUGAAGAUGGUAGCACCCUCUCAAUGUGAAAAUGCAUCUUAGAGUGAGGGUUAUGGCUGCAACCACCUUCACCAACCAGGUUAUUCUGGACUGCAAGUCUCACUAUCCCUGACCAUUGGCUGUGGCUAUUGGGAUUUGCAUUCCAACAUCAUCUGGAGGACCUCAAAUUGAGGAAGGUUGGUCUACAUUAUGCACAGGAAUUAUUCUCUACAGCUGUAGAUUGUCUUGCGUAAAAGUCUUCAAACUAUAUGUACUUUUUAAAAGUACCCCAGCCAUUCCAAAAUACAAUAUUCAGUAAAUGGCUUUUUGUUCCAAUGUUUCCAAUUGAAAAACUGUGGGGUGGAGGGAAACCAAGCCCCCUCUGAUCCUCCUGGGCCUUCACAUCUCACUACCUUUCCCCCAGGUGAUUUAGAGCAGAUCCUCCAGAUGUCAUUGGACUCUGAGCCCUAGCCAGCUUGGUUAAUGGUCAUUGAAGAUGGGAGUUGCAGUCCACCAAGAACUGGAGGGCCAUAGGUACCCCACCCCCACUUUAGAGCUUCAGAGGUCACAGGUAGCACCUUAAAUGGAUCCCUGCAAAAAAAUUGUUUACCUGCAGGGUUAACCCUGAACUGGAUUAAUACAAUCUAUGUUGAUUGCUAUGGUCAGCAGUUGGGCUGCCACAUUUGUACAGCCCUGCUGCAAAAUGAGGUACAUGAAGUAUACCCCCAAACGGCUAAGUGACUAGUUUAAAAGUUCAAAUUUGGUCCAUAGGUUGCUAAAGACGCUCAUUACUAGGGGAUUCUGAAAAUGGAACUUUUUGACUGAAAUCCUUUGCUGAUUUAAGUGGAAUUAAGCCCUUUUGAAUUCAGUGAAAUAUACUUUUUGAAUAAGUAUGCCUAUGAUUGCACUGUUGGUUUCUAAGCAUCAGAUUCUGGAACAAAAAGAUGCCAGCAGAACAGAGUAAGCUGGGUAGCAAGUGGACCUGUGACAGAUACUGUGCCUGCUUACACUCUUGAAGCAUUGUAAAUUGCCAGCUGCCUUUUCUGGUUUCAUAUUUGCUCCAGGUGGCUUUUUACACUGCCUUUAGGCAUGGGAAAGCCACCUUGAAAUAUCACACCCACAUGCAUGGGGACGAGGACUGAUAAAGGCCAGUGUGGGCUUUGAUGCAGGGGAAAGUGCAUUGUGUGGGCCAGGAGGGCAGAAAAGAGCAGUCAGAAUUUGGCCAACAGAAGCAGUCCUCAAUCUGUGGGCCCCUCCAGCAAAAGGCAUGUGUUGGGGCCUCAAGCAUGUUGCUCCUAAUUUGGGGACUGACACUGCUCUGAUGCUUGCACACUCAGCUUGAGCUAUAUUUUAUUUCCAUGGUGCACAACUGAUCAUGUUCCCUGUGUCAUUUAGCCAGCAGUAGGUGGGAGUUCUGUUUCCCCACAACAGCAACUCUAUAUAAUGCCAAAAAGUGUUUGCAGUUCAGGGCUCCUACAGAUGACCUGCUUAUGGAGCAUUCAUUCUGAUUUGCAUGAGUGUUCAUUCAGAAUGGUUCGUGGGGAUGUUAUAGGACAUUAAACAUUCAUCCUGGUUUGUCUGCAGGUUGCUUUAAAAACUUCCCAAACUUUUCAGUGCAUUUCCCCAUCAUAUUUUUAACACAAAAAGUCCAUUGAUAGUUGCUAUUUUUUUUAGUGGAUUUGGUGGUCCAGGGCAACAGGGUGUUAUAAUCUGCUUUAAUUGUGUGGACUUAAUUUCUACUAUGUACUUGACUCCUUCCUGCAAAAUAGUGACUGGCUUCUGCUGCUCAAAUAUGGAUGGAUGCCCAGGCUUUCUAGAUUGUAUCCUUACUUACUGGACUUGAAUAAAUAGCAUGAUUCCUUUGCAGAGUUCAGGUCAGGCUAUAAUCCUCUAAAUAUUCUGUUGACUUGCAGUUUAUUGCUUUAUACAUUUUCAAAUGCUAAAAACAGCUUUCAUUGCUCUGUUAUAACCAGCAGUAAUAUCAAUGGCAUCCGUUUGCUUGACUAGCCUUAAAAUUAAACCUGUAGGCUUUUAACUGGUUUUUUUUUCUCUAUAGGCAGCCUGUUUACUGGUUUGGAGCCUUGCAGCCUGGUUUUAUUGUUUGUGUUCCCUUUUCUUUCUUUCUUUCAAGGGAACGCUACGUACAAGGAGGGGUAUCUCACGGAACUCCUAAGAUGUUUCCCUUAAAGGAUGCGGAAUUGGGAGCCUUUACCUUCUUUGCUUCUGCUCUUCCAAAUGAUGUUUGUGGGAGCAACGGCCUGCCCUUGACGCCAAACUCCAUAAAGAUCCUGGGACGCUUUCAGAUUCUUAAGACAAUUACGCAUCCUAGGCUCUGCCAGUAUGUGGACAUUUCCCGUGGAAAGCAUGGUGAGUGUGCUUUCUCCCCCCUCCCUGCCCCAUAACUUUGGGGUGUGCAUGUAGGAGUGUUACAGUAAUUAUUCUGUGCAUGUGUUUCAGAGCAUUAGACUUCAAAGCAGCCAUCAGCAUUUUUUCCCCCUAAGACGGCAGUUUGCUUUUCCCCAGACUGACUCUGCAGCAGCAUUUUUCAGGCUUGUCUCUGUUGUUGCACAUAACAGACACAGAUGUAUGCUGCUGGGCUGCAGGCCUUUGUUAUCCUGUAGUUCAGAUCACAUUGAUAAUUUUUAGGUAUUUCCUUUUCUUUUUCACACUCUGCUUAUCUCUCUUUACUCCAUUCCCCCCUCCACCCUCUGUUCCUUCACAUGCUUUUGGGGGGGGGGGUGUUCUUGAAAACUGCAGGUUUCUUUCAGUCCAUUUGUUCCAUAGGUUCCUGUAAUUCAUCAAUCUGUCUUUCUUUUUAUUUAAUUCUUCAAAUCUCUCUUUUGAAGUUCAGAGUUUAAAAGAAAUGUGCUCCACAGAAGGCGGCCUCGACAGUUCUCUCCCAGUCCUCGCAUUUUGGAACUUAUCAGUGUGCCAUAUAUCAUGUUGAAGAUGAAAUAUAAGCUGUAAUUUACUUAUUCUGUUAUUUCUGUUUGUAUACUGCCCUUCAUCCAAAGAUCACAGGGUGGUUCACAACAUAGAAAUACAAAAUAAGAACACAAAAAUACAUUUUAAAAAUAAAAAUAAGCCCAUAAUCUCCUACCAAAAACACAUUUUAAAAGGCCAUAGGAUGCUUAUCAGCCAAAGGCCUCGUUAUAGAGAAAUAUUUUCACAUGGUACAUAAAGAUAUGUAAUGAAGGCACCAGGCAAGCCUCUCUGGAGAGAGCAUUCCACAAAUGGGGAGUCAUUCUCAUGUUGCCACCCUGAGGACCUCAUGUGGAGGAGGCACAUGAAGAAGGGCCUCAGGUUAUGAUCACAGGAUCUGGGUCAGUUCAUAUGGGAAGAGGUAGUCCUUGAGGUAUUGUGGUCCAUUUAAGGCCUUCUGGGUCAAAAGUUGGGGCACAGGUGGUGCUGUGGUCUAAACCACUGAGCCUCUUGGGCUUGCUGAUCAGAAGGUUGGCUGUUCGAAUCCCCGCAACGGGGUGAGCUCCUGUUGCUCUGUCCCAGCUCCUGCCAACAUAGCAGUUUGAAAGCAUGCCAAAAAGUGCAAGUAGAUAAAUAGGUACCGCUCCAGCGGGAAGGUAAACGGCGUUUCCGUGUGCUGCUCUGGCUUUGCCAGAAGCGGCUUAGUUAAGCUGGCCACAUAACCCGGAAAAACUGUCUGCGGACAAACGCCGGCUCCCUUGGAGCGAGAUGAGCGCCGCAACCCCAGAGUCGUCUGCGACUGGACUUAGCUGUCAGGGGUCCUUUACCUUUUUAGGUCAAAACCAGCACUUCAAACUGGGCCUGGAAACUUAAUUGGCAGCCAGUACAAUCAGGCCAGGAUUGGUGUAAUAUGCUCAAACCAUCUUACCCUAGUGAGUGGCGUGACUGCCAAAUUCUGCACCAGCUAAAGUUUUCAAACUGUCCUCAGAGGCAGCCCUACACAUAAUGUGUUUCAGUAAUCUUACUAAGAGGUUACCGGAGCAUAGAUGACAAAAGUUGGGUUAUCCUUAUCCCAAUAGGGACACAGCUAGGUCCGUAGCCGAAACUGAUGGAAGGCACUCCACACCACCGAGGCCACCUGAGCGUCAAGCAACAUCAAAGGGUCCAGAAGUCCUCCCAAGCUAUGUACCCACUCCUUCAGAGGGAGUGUAAGCCAUCAAGAGCAGGCACCUCGGUGUAUCUCUCGUAGGCCACGGAAUGUUUCAAGUCAAUCAUAGAAUCGUAGAGUUGGAAGGGACUUUAGCAUGACUGAAAAAAGGAGAUUUCGGGUUGAACUAUGCCCAUUUUAGCAGGCUAUUUCCUUUGCGAAAUGCCAUCUCUUAAGUGCAUCUUUUUAAUCUUACAUAUUCCUCCUGUGAGGAGAACUGCAAUGCUAUGUGUGCAGCUUGUCUCUGUAUGCACACAUAGGACUCCUUGAAAGAUACAAAGCCUUCCUCACAACUUGCCUGGCAUGCUGCUCUAUGUGCUGCUUAUAAUCGGCUGUUCAGUUUUUCACUUGACUUUAUUUGUUCCAUUUACAUUUUUGAUUUUCCCAUUCUCAUGCUGGAUAUUACAUGUGACCUGUCCUUUAAAGGGCGUUGUAUUUUCCGAAAAAUCUUACACAUUGCUUAGGAAGACAGGCAAACUAAUAUCAGUGUAAUGGAUGAAGCAAAGAUCACCAGUGUUGAAGCAAUGAUUCUUCAACACAACUUCGUUGGACUGGUCAUGUUGUGCAGAUGCCUGAUUAUCAUCUUCCAAAGCAACUACUCUAUUCCAAACUUAAAAAUGGAAAGCGUAAUGCUGGUGGUCAACAAAAGAGGUUUAAAGUCUGUCUCAAGGCAAAUCUAAAAAAAUGUAGUAUAAACACCGUCAACUGGGAAACACUGGCCUGUGAGCACUCCAGUUGGAGAACAGUCUUUACCAAAGGUGUCAUGAGCUUUGAAGACACUCGAACGCAGGAUGAAAGGGAGAACUGUGCUAAGAGGAAGGCACACUUGGCAAAUCCACACCGUGAUCAACUCCCGCCUGGGAACCAAUGUCCCCAUUGUGGAAGGACGUGUGGGUCCAGACUUGGCCUCCACAGUCACUUACGACUCAUCGUUAAAAGCGUGUUUAUGGAAGACAAUCUUACUUGGCUACGAGUGAUCGCCAAAGAAUAAAAGUUAGUUCAGAAGUCAGGGUUUUCCUGUCUUCUAUAAACUGUUCCAAACUUAUUCAAUAUGAUCGUGCUUUCUUGGUAUCUUGGCAGGGGUGGAGGGUGACUGUUACACCUGGGAUCAGUUUUAUUACUUUUAAGUGAAGUUUCUUUUCUUUUACAUGGUGAAUUUUAUUUAACUGUAGCUUUUGCUGUAUAGCUAAGCAGAAUGUCUGGCAAAGCAGAGGAGAAGCUUCACAUUGUAAAUCUGUUUUAAAGGAGAGGUGGUUGUACAUAGAAUGUCAAUAUUCUUACAGCUAUACAAGAAUAAUGUAUUAUGACGCAGCUCAGAGAGGAAAAUCCAAAAAUAGUCUUAGCUGGCGGUGCAUUUUAUAACAAAAUUAGUGCAGCAGAAUGGAUGUGCCUGUCACGAUCUCUUUUUAUUUGUUUGAAUUUCCAUGGAAUUAAAAUUGUAAUGCCAUAAAAUACAAUACAAGAUAUAAAAGAAACACUACAAAUGCAUUUAAAAACCAAUGUGGAUAUUUAAUGGGAUGGAGAUACCAUCCUCAACCAAAAUCCACAGACCACCCAAAUGAAGCUCAGGGAGCACAGUUUAGGAAAUCCUGCCUUAAAUAAUGCUGUUAUCGGGAACAGUGUUGACAAUUACUAAGAUUUUGGUGGCUCCCACAGCAUCAUGUUCAGGGUAACUGUUCCCCAUGCUCAUCCACGCACCUCAGUCGUGGAUGAUAGUAAGGCUCCUGUGUGAAUGGAGUUGGUGAGGGCAGGAGAGGUUUCAGCAUGAGGCACUGUUUUCCUUCAGUUGAUCUCUGAAUACCUAUCCCUUUUUGACCAUUACAGUCCAUUCCUAAAUAACACGGUUUAUAUAUUUCAGUUGUUUAAAAGAGAAAUCUUACUGGGUUGGGAGAGGCGGUACUUGCAGUGGAUGAGCUGUCAAAUCGAAAGCUGGUGUCCAGCAGGGCACUAGGUGGAGUGGGUGGGUAGGGUUUUCUCUUGGCCCCCUUCCAUUGGCUGUCUUGAGGUAUUCUUUAAAUAAUGUAUUUCCUCUCAUUUGAUCCAGCCCCAGGGCAUACAUGCCAUAUUAAGGGCAUAUUGUGGGGAUGGAAGGAUUCAACAGAUCUGAAGCCUCCCCCUAUCAACUCCCAACAUGCUACUGAAAUGCCACCCCCCCCCCAUUUUGACCUCUCCACCAUCAGUGCACUGAUGUCAGAGGAACAAUGGCAAGGGACCUUUCCAGGGCUGGUGCACGAUUCUUAUAAGUAUGGGCCUCUAAAAUUAUGUCCUGUUGGGGACCUGCAACUGAAAUACCAUAUUUUUCCAUGUAUAGGACGCCCCUGUGUAUAAGAUGCCCCCUGUUUUGGGGAACUCAAAUUUUAGAAAAUGGGGGGAGAUGGCUCCAUGUAUAAGACGGCCCACACUUUUUAGCAUAAUUUUUAAAGAAAGAAACCUAGUCUUAUACACGGAAAAGUAUGGCACUUUCUUGCAUUGAAAAAAGUAAAUUGUAAACUAAGCUUUAUGUGGGGGAAAUGGUGUGAUGAAUGUUUGUAAAUGUACAAAGGGAGCAAGUGCUAUGCCUUAAAAUUUGCUCUCCUUCACAGUAAUGGAGAAAUGUUCCUUUUCAAAAACAGUGGUCUAUCUCCUCAAUGUGAUAAAUAAAAGAAAUGGAGAAAAUACCAAGCAAGUAGGUUAACCCAUAUGUACUCGUAGCAACUGAAACAAUUUGUAUAUUUUGUUAUUAUUUUACUAGCCCUAUUCCAAAACAAAUGGUACCCACUUAUCUAUUUUUUUCUUUCUUGUCUUCCUUCACUUACACAAAAAAAUUUGGUAAUUUUGAUACUGAAAGAGUAGCUGAUAUAAUACUAGAAGUUUCUAAUACAUUUACAAAUGCAUUUAGAAAAAGUAGAAAAUUGGAAGUACUGACCGUAAAACUGAGAAAGAAACUUUCAAAAAAUGGCAAUAGUUGCUAAAAAAAAAAUCUUAGUUACCUUUUUCAAAAAUGACCCAAGGCAACAUGGAGAAAUAUAAAAUGUAUACAAUAUUCAGAGUUUAUAACCAAAACAAUAAUAACAAAAUCUUUACCAUGCUAAAAGCACACACUCCAUAAAAACUGCAAAUCAGAAACUGGUGGAAUACAACCAAAAACAAAUACAAAAUUAUUGAUCAGUAAAAACAGCCUAUCACAGAAAAUUUCUAUUUACUAGUAGUUGAUGUAAAAUGAGAAAAAAAUAUAUAUGCUCAUAUGUUCUCUACACUGAAAUUACUCUAGACAGUUGUUGGCUGCAAAUAAUUGCCAUCUACGUGUUAAUUUGGUUAUAUUCUGUGUAACGUAUACUCAGUAUGAUUUUCUAUUCCCCUAAAAUAAGUAAACAUCCUCUUUGUAUUAUGAGAUGCAGCAUUACCAUAAUAUGGCUUUAAUUUCAGUGGGAUGCGAGAGUGAAAGUGUUUUUGUGCCUGUGUGCACUGAGAUACUAAAUCUGUCUCUCUCUGUAUAUUUUUCAUCAGAGAGGCUAGUGGUUGUUGCGGAACACUGUGGAAAGAGUCUGGAAGAUUUGCUUCGAGACAGGAAACCAGUGAGGUAUGGUAUCAAGAAAAACAUUGCAAGGAAACAUGCAAACUGAAAGGUUUAUCUACUUUAAGUUACAAGGUCCAGAUGCACUUUUUCUUUUAAAACGCUAACUACCUUUCCAGGUCUAACAGAUUCAAAGCUGACAUCUUCCAGUACUUUAUCCUUCUGGCAGCCAGAUAAACACAUGCUUAGGAUGAAACAUAUAUUUAGUUCUUCACAAAAGUUUUACGAUGAAAGUACUGGAACCUGCCAGCCAUUUCUUCCAAUAUGCUUUGCUUGCGUUUUAAGUUAUGUUUCAGAUAAUGAGUUUUUUGGGGGGUUUUAAAGCCAACCUGAAACGUAUUGAGGAAUUGUGUGUAUAUGACAGUGCUUGUGCAUUAGUUGUGCAGGGUUUUAAGCUUUUAAAUGAUGAAUGUUAGUUUCAUUUCUAUAUGAAACGAAAAUGAAAGUAUAUAUCUUGAUGUUUCCCUGCAGUUUCUGUAUUGCUAUAUGAGAUAAAGUGCAGCAUCAGGUUCAGGACAUUUGAUAUUGCUGUGCAAUGUAAAAUGCAGAACAGAGAUUACAACAUUAUUUUCUUCCAGCGGACAAAGGAGUACAUUCUAGCCAGGUGAGGGGAUCAGGAAGCCUCAGCCAUACCUCUGCUCAGCGCAGAAUAUUGCAUGGCAACCCUGUCUGCUUCUGGCCUUAGGCUGGUAGCAUAGCACAGUAUCCCUUUGAUAUGACACAUACAAAGAAAUGAUUGUGUGGAUACAGGAAGUGCCUUUUGCUUAAAGUGUGCACAGUUAUCUGAAGCUGUAAAUGCAACCUACAAACUGUUUGCACAUAAAGUCUGCAUGCAUGGAGCUGCUUGGCGUAAUUUGCACCCUCUUCAGGGUACAGAUUGUGCAGGUAGAUUGUGCAUGUGUACAUUUUUAGAAUCUUUAGGGAAUGGGGCCGGAUUUUGGCAUAGCAAUAGUGCUUAGUAGUAUUUCCUCCGAGAACGCUACAUCCCUAGGAUCAGGCUCUUACAGUGGUGUCUGCGUUUUGAUAAAUAUGAAAAUAGGGAGAUAGGGAGAGAAACUUUUAUUGCACUAGCCAAAGGCCAUAGCAUCAUCCAAAGAAGGAAAAACAACACAAAAAACAGUUGAUACAUAUGCAGUAAAACCAUGAUCAAAUCUACCAAAAUUUCUUAUUACGUAGAAUAAAAAUAAUAAUUUUCAAAUAAAGUGUGCAAAUUAGAUCUCAGAGUCCCCUUUGCACUCACCCCAUGAAUGAGACCAAACUUGUGCUGUGGUUGAAUUCUCCAGCCUUGGCCUUACCUGGCUUAGUGUUAAUAUUUCCAUUUCACUUUUGUUGAAUUUAGAUUCUUUCCUACUGAUUUAUUUAGCUGGAUUGAAGACUUGAGGGGCAACUGAACACAUUUUGAAAUGUAUUGGAAAUAAUGUAUCUCAGAAAUUAUUUUACUACCAGGUCAUUAAGUGCCUGCUCCUGCAGAAUAAUCCCCAAUUGUCGCCUUGGCUAUAGAGCAGAAACUGAGAGUGCUUCUAUCUGAGUCCUGCCAUUUGUGCUUGGCAUGUGGAUGGAGUGAGCUCUAAAUUUAUCUUCAUUGCAUGUUGACAGAUGUUGGUGUAUAGCGUAUACCCAAUGAGAAGGUGCAUGUCUGUUUAGUGGGUAUCAGAGAUAUAUAGCAGAUUACUUAAUAAUUAACAGUUUGCUGUGAUUGAAGACUUCUAAGCCCCUGUCAUUAAAGAUCGUAGAUACCAGAUUUCCUAAUGGUACAUUAAAACUAGGAUAUUCCUUUACAUAAUUUACAUCCUGUGCCUUCAGAAUUAAUUUAUGUUCCCAGGUGAUUUAGAAGGGAAUAAGGAACAAAAGCACAAUAAUAAAUUGAGGGGAUUUUUGUGAAUUAAGUGGUAUUUAAAUCUUGCCGAAUAAAAUAAGAACCCAGUAAAAUAAAAAAAAUACUCUGUAUUUUAAACUUUCAAAUCAUUUCACAAACUCUUUUCAUUGCUUUUUGUAAUUCUAGCAAUUCUAGUAAUGUAAGUCAGUAUUGUUUUCUCCUUUUGCUGAGUGAGGGGGUGUUGAAGCUGAGAGAUAGUGGCAGAAUCAACAUUUGAAUUGGGGAUUUGUAGCUUUGUCACUUACCUGGGAGUAAACUCGAUUGAACUUCAUAGCACUUGCUUCUUAGUUUCAUAUACAGGGUUUCACUUUUAGGCACUGAGUUAUGUCAGCUCUCAGGGAUGCUACUAAGUCCAAAAUAAUGUUUUCGCCCAACCUAUAUAAAAAUGUUGUACUGUCUAUCUAAAGUAUCUCCAAAGUGAGUUUAAUGUUAGCAGUUUGCCGUCAUAUUUUUUCCUGAAGCAUUAUUUUAAUGUCCAGUCCUUUAAUUCCCCCUUUGCCCAGCAAGGCAAAAGACUGAAAGCUUUUUCUCACCUAUCUUAAGAGAAAUGCCCAGCCAGUGGCAAUUUUUUAUGGAAGCAUAAUUUCUAAAAAAAAAAUUAAUGCCCAAAUCAGAAAAGAAAUGUGCCUCCCUCAAGGCUUUUUUUGUGUGUAUUUCUCAAGCCAGCAUAUGCAGCAAAAAUUUCGAGUUCAUACUAUUCAAAAGAGAAGCUGUUUCACCUCAGGGAUACUUUCACUGAGACCAACUGAAACAUUUCCCAUUGUUUUUCAGUUAAUUAAAAUUGACAUCUUUUUGUUUCUGUCAUAAGACCUUUCAAUAGCCAGAAAUAAUUUAAGAAAGAGCAAUUCCCAGUUAUGCUAUUCAAUCCAUCUCCGUCAAUUAGCUUUGUAGGGAACUAUUUGGGGUCCUCCCCCCUACUUGUUUUGAUUAUAUUAGCUCAUGAUAGAACAGGUUUUCUACCCAAAGUUGAUAUGCAUGCUAUUGCAAUUAAUUUCACAAACUGUUAUGGAAUGGGAGAAGCUGUCCUUAUGGUUUAUAGAUUAAUUCUUCUUGCACUUGCCAGGAAAUAAGUCCUUUGCACCUGUACCACAAGCUGAUGUCAAGUCAGCAGGAAAUCUUCUAUUAGGCUGUUGCUGAAACUGAAGAUAUACCAUGGGUGGACAGUCCAUCUUUCCAUGCAUAUUGCAAAACAGCAGGCUAUACAGCUGUCUGAUAGUUAUUUGCAGUUAAUCUUAUGAAGUCAUGCAUCAUUAUACCGAUUACAUAUGAGGUAACGUUUGCAUAGGUGUUUCUGCACAGUUCUGUUUUUGAGUCCACAAGAACUUGCCCUCCUUUUUCUCCCACUUUUCCAUAAGGUGGUGAUGUUCCAUUAGGAUACUACUUAAGAAGAGCUUAUCAGAAUUUCUAACUCCAAAGUUAGAUAUCUCAAAUAGUUACGCUACAUUUGGCUUCUCUUGUAACUCAGUCAGGAAGCUAAACAUUCCACAGAAACAUUGCAGCACACUUUUCUGUUAUGAUCUCUGUGUAUCCCCAGAUGGAUACAUUUUGGAUAAUGGAAACCUUUUGUUAAACGUAAUGAUCUUCAAAGCCUCUUGAGAGUAUAUUAUUACCUCUACCAUACGUUCUCGGCAACCUUGUUGAAAUAACCUGGGCAACAGUAUAGGUAUAGUUGUAGAAGGUGAAAUGUUAGCAAAACACUCAGCCCCACGAACACUGGGAAACUGAUAUAACCACUUCUCAGUAGGUGUCAGGAUCUAAAACAUUUGGUUUAGAAUAAAGAAUUAGACCAAGGCUGUAAUCCUAUGCAUGCUUACAAGAGAGUAAGCCCCAGUGAGCACGGUGGGUAAGCAUGCAUUGCAUUUCACAGUAAAUCAUGGGCAGCCUGGUUUUUUUCUGUCUGCAACUCAAAUGAACUUAGGGCACAUCUGAGCAGAUAGGAUUCCUGAUAGUACUAUGGCCUCUUAAAUGUGUUCAUUGGUCUGUUAUCUUAGUCUGUUAGUUUUUUGUUACAUAUUUUGUGUUUUCAUUUCAUAUUUUUAUGUUGCAAACCUCCUUGUGAUCUUUGAAUGAAAGGCGGUAUACAAAUUUCAAGAAUGCAAUGCAAUAAUAAAAAAAAAUAAUGACUUCAGCUGUAAUUGCAUUUUGCAGAAUUUUGUGGUUUCACAAAUUUUUCCCAUCUGGAAAUCUGACUCUGGCAUUUAAAUAUUGGAACAACAACUCGAUAUCAAUAAAAUUGCAGUAUACAAUCUUGGAAAGGAAUGUGCUAUGUUUGUAGCCUGCCAGUAGAACUGCAAUCUUGUUCAUAAGAGUAACUGCCAUAUAUAUGUCUGUCUGUCUGCAUAGCAAAAGAUUGUCAUUUAACAUUUAUUUGUUCAAAGUACAAGCAAAUAACCAAACUGGAUUCUUCAUUCUAAUUAGAAUAUUGGUUUCAAUUGAAAUUCAACAACCUUGUUAAGUUCUAGCUAGUGCCAUGCAACACAACCCUGUUUCUGUUUACUCAGAAGCCUGACUAGGCUCCAUGAGGCUUGCUUUCUAGUAAGUUUGUCGAAGAUUGUAGCCUUAGUGGUUUUACAACUUUGUAAAUUGCCUGCCUUUGAAUUCCAGUUUUUCUAGUCAGAGGUGCAGUGUCCUACAAGCUACCUUUUAAAGCUGUUAGUUGAGAAAUGUUUUCUUCUGAACACUGAAAAUAAGCACACAUACCACUCUGUUAUUAUUAUUUUUUCACAUUAUACUUUAAAAUGCCCUACUUUCCUUUUUGAAGCCUUUUGCAAUUUUACAGUCACAAAAGCCAACAGAUGGAGUAUGUAGACAUUUAGAUGGCUUUUGGCACCUGCAUUAUGCAUUUUGAAUUGUUCUGAAUUAGUGAGCGGAGUGGUCAUAGUAUGUCUUCAAUAAAAUAUAGUUGUCAUAUGUUUCAGAGGUUAUGGUUUUGAAAAAUUACCAGUGAACCAUCAGAGAGAUACAGAGGUAUAAUAUGUUAUACAUAGACUCUUUGAUCGGAAGCAGACUCUGUCUGCAGCUGUUUACUAGCUUGGUGGAAAACAUGAUCCGACUCGGAUGAGUAGGUUUUAUUUGCUCUUAUUAAACUAUUGUCUACUCCAUGUAUUAGAUGUCUUUGUUCCAAUCUCUACUAUAAAUGCAUUACCGUUUGUAUUGUGUUCCAAAAUCAAAUGGGAGGUAGGCUUUAUGUGAAAAAGGUUCUCCAAAGGGUAAACAUGUAGCUUGUAAAAAACAAAAAUAAGAUGAGGAAAGGGGUAAGAGGAAGGCGAAUGCUUUCCAGCAACUGAAUACUCAUAUGAUUCUAAUUCAGAAGCAGCCAUUGAUACAGCUUCAAGGGUUGUGUGUGUGGUGCUUUCAUUUGGAACACUGUUGAGUCUUCAGGUCCGCGGUUGACCCUAACCAUUGGCUACGCUGACUGGUUCUGAUGGGAGCUGGACUCCAGAAACAUCUUGAGAGUGACAGGUUCUCCAGCUCUGUUUUAACUAAUGAGAUGAAUAUCUUUAGGUUGGAUUAGGAGAUUGGAGUCUGUGGAAAGUGGGCUCGUUUUGAGUAAAAUCAGGUUUUGGGGGUGACACAGAUCAGUAGCUAUUUCUAAGAUAAUUCUUUUGAAAGUGUGUCUCUCAGUAAAAGAAGGAUUAAGGAGAAAGGGGCAUAGCUCAAAAUACCUUUCUACAACACCUUUCUGGAACUAAUUAUUAUGUUUUCAUUCUUACAAUAUAAACAUGAUUUAAGUGUUGCUGCUACGGAUGUAGAAAAGUGCAACCAGUCUGAGCAGAUAAGCUGAAGAGCAAGGGAAUAUUAAAAUAAUGGAAAAGUAUGGAAGUAGGUAAUCAAGAAACUUUUUUUUUAAAAAACCACACAACUAUUUGUCACAAUCAAGUAUAACAACAUGUAUAUAGUUGGGUAUUUGUUUAUUUCCAUUUUAAUCCUUUCCCAGUAAUCCAUUUCCAAAAUAGCAUUUAUUGGUGUGAAGUCAUGGAGCAAAAGAAAUCCAUUAGUCAUGUCUUCUUUAUGCACUAUCCAAUACUGCUUUUCUUAAUUAGUUUGAAUUUUUAGUAAAUAUAAAAUGGGAGCUGAAGCUGGUAUGCAAAGUAAUUCAAUCUAUAGCAGAAGGUGUUAAUGUAACAAUAAACGUUACCACCUGCUCUGAGCCAGCCUGGAGGUCAUGUAAAAUCACAUUUUGUUUUGCUGAACCAGGAUUUUCAUGCCCAAACCUGAGCCAGCUAACAGGUUUUGUGACUAGGAUCUGAAACCACAGUUUUAAGCUGGUUUACAAAGCAUGCAGUAAGCCUCUGAAUGCCAGUUAUUGGGAAUCAAAGGUAGGGAGAGUUAUUGUUAGGCUCAUUCUUCCUGAAUAUUCAUUUCCAUCUCUCCUUGCCCCCAAUAAAAAACAGUAUUCUGAGUUCCCUAUCUUUUCAAUCCUCUUUGAUUUUGGGAGGGUAUUUUUUCAGUAUUUCUGCAAAUACUGGGGUUCCCGCACACCUGUUUAUACUACCCUCUGUUUGUGGAUGGUGCCGUUUUGGUUAUAUAAGGAUCCUCAGUCAGAGAAUGAGUUUGCUGUUGGAAUAUGUGAUGGUGAUUCUUCAGAGCCUUGACAAACCUCUUGGAAGACUGUUGCACCAUGAAAAUGGAAGCGAGCUUGAUGUUGAUGUUGAAUGCAGAGCAGAUAGGAAACAAAGGCAAGCAGAGAAUGGAGACUAUUCAAAGAAUAUAUAAGAUUUUAUUGUAAAAAUGAUGUUACCCUAGCAGAACUGAAUGAUACUUGUAUAUAAUAUACAAAUGGAAUAAAUAUACUAGAAAAAUAUACAGGAAAAGUCAUAAAACUGCAAUAAAAUUAAAACAAUAGAAAAAGUACAACGAGAAUGAUUGGAGGUUUCUUUCAGAAGACUUCAUUAGAAAAGACAGGAUGUUAUAACCAAUAUUCAUUUCUUAUUGUUAACUCUCCUUUUUUAUUUUUAUUUUCUUUAUCUUUUUUCUCUUAUAUUUUUGUGUUUAAUUUUGCUGCAACUAUUUGUAACAUAUAUGUAAGAUGAUAUUUUAAAUCAAUAAAGACAAAUUUUUAAAAAAGGAAACAAAAGCAAACAGAUCUAGACCCCAGCUGGCCUGCUGCACACUUGGAAGCUUAAGCCACUGUGUGGAAUUUAAACUACAGUUACAGAUCACAAACCAUGAUUUCACACCGUAUCUGAGUCCAGACAUUUUGCCCUUUAUCAUAAAGGACAUCAUUAAUUUCUUCAUAGUGAAGAAGAAUUAGGAUAAUUUGCAGCAUGUUCAUUUGCAAACAUUGAUCCAGAUGGUUUUGCUCAGAUCUUCACAUACACUUCUGUAGCAUCCCUGAUCAGCUCCUUCUUUUGCUUGAAUACAGAUGUCUUCUUUGCUUGUUUGCAAAAGCUUUUAGUCCCCAAACAGACUAUCUAUCAAAUAAUGCUUACUUGGUGCGUUAAUGCCUUGCCCUACUUUUCCUGUGUCUUGGAAGUUUCUGAAAUAAAUGGCCUUGUUCAAAAGUAAUACUUGCCUAGUAUUUAGAGCAGGGGUAGGCAAAGUGGUGCUUUCCAGAUGCUGCUGAACUAUAACUCUGUUGACCAUGGGCCAUGCUGGCUGGGAUUGGUAGGAAUUUGAGUCCAACAACAUCUGGAAGGCCCAGUGACCCCCAGUUUAGAGUUUGGAAAAUCAUCUGUUCCCUCACAUACACCCCCCCCUUCUAAAGUUCAGCAUUCCUUGCCAGUUUAAGUGAGCCUGAGAAUGUUCCUAAAUAUACUUUGAGAACCAGUUUAAGAGUGCCUCAGGUUGGCAUGUAAAUGUUUGCACUAAUGCCAAUCCAAGAAAGGGCAGGGAAGAAAUAGAGGUUUUCCACAACAUAAAAAUCAGUUUAAGAACAGCCAAAAAGAUUACAUUGCAAAGACCUUCCUUAAUCAUAAUUAUUCUUUUUUUAAGUUUACAGCCAGUGAAAGGAAGAGGAGCCUGUUAGAUCUCACCAGGCAGGAGCGCUCCCCUUUUAGAAAGUCCUGUUCCUAGUUUCUGCCACCAUAUUUCCAGUAGAGAUGGGCCAAAGAAUCUAUUUGAUCUGUAAGGCCAUUUGCCCCUUGGCCACCUGUCACUCACCUGACUUCAUAUCAGGUGCUUUGAUAUUUUUUUCCCCCUUUGCAACUGUGGCUUGCAUUCGGCACUGUUGGUACCACAUGUCAAGCGAUGCUGCUAGGGUCAGAUCCAUGCUUGAGCUUCCAGUUGGAGCUCUUGACUGAAUCCAGUGUCUGCUGAAAGCAUUUGGUGCCAGAUUUACAGAGUGUCAAAUGCAAGCCAUGUUUGUAAAACGACUGUUUGGCGAAUUUAACUUCAAUUCACUGUUCUGGCAGGGUGUCAGAUCCACCUGAUAUGAUAAAUAGAUGCUUAGAAGGCUUACAAUAAGGAAUGCACCUACAUUGGGCACAAAUCACUUUUUCCCUCCUCCAUCAGCAUUCGCUUGCUUGGGAGCUGAUCAGAGCAACUCUGCCGCUGAGAGUUUGAUAUAUGUGUGUCCGUGUGCAUUUGUGUGCAUAUGUCUGGGAAAGGAACUGGAAGCUCCCCCUUUGCCAUAUUUCUUUCAUCUCUUUUUGGUAACAGAUAAUGUGUUGCUUCUGUGCUUUGACCAGAACUCUUAACUUCUGAUUGUGAUUGUCUGAUGACAUUCUGUCUUGCAGUGCUACCCAUGACAAUUACAGAUAGAACAUUCAUGGUCAUUCUCUGCAAUUCUUUCUCUCCCCCACCUCCCAACCAAUAUUAGGGGACAACGGGAAGGGAAGGGCUUCAAAAUAACUGAAUAAUUGAGAUACUGCUCAAUUGAAAGAUCAGAUAGGAAAGAUCAGAUAGGAGAAAGAUGGAGGUUAGUUUUGCCUAUGGAAUUGGCUUUUGAACUGGGCUUUAUAAUAGUGAGAAAAUCCAUUAUCUCAUCUUUGAAAUCGGUUUUUGUUUUGUUUGUUUUUUCCUGCUGAAGUCCUAUGCUAGAUGUUCCUUUUUACCUUUUCAUUUUACUAUGCAUAUCAAAUUGAAUUUGACUUGUUAAAAAGAGGGGGGAGGACUUAAAGUAUUUUAAUAAGUUUCUACUCCGUUAUUGUCAUCUGUUGAAAUGGUGUGUUGAAACCCAGUGCAUAAUCCUGGUGGCCUGCUAUGUCAGCAUUUUUUCAUGGCUUUACAUUUUAUUAAGUCAAUGUAUUCCUUUUGGCCUUGCUAUCAAGGAGGAGGCUGUAAGACAGAUUUUGUGAUUUGCACAAACUUAAGCUGGAAAACAGUACACAAGGUCACUAUGCAAUAUUAUUUAUAUUUUUAAGGAAAGAAAAAUAAUGAUGAAAUUAAUUAGUAAUUUCCUGUCGGGAACUCUUUGGGGGGGAAUACAUCGAGAGGAUAAUGCUAAUAAUAUGAAUGACUUGGUUUUUUAAAAGAAUUGCAGCUGAAAAAGCACAAAGAAACCCAAAGACUUGCUUCAAAUAUUUUAAAUAUCUGAAAGUGGCUCUAGAGGGCAAUUUGUAUUCUCCAAAGGUCUUUACUCUCCUGCAUGAAAAAGGUGUGGGUUUUUGGUAACAGUUCUUGAUAAAUAUCAUUGUUGGUUUUAAUUGGAAGAUUGUAUUACUUCUGUGGUUGUUGGUUUUGUACAAAGCAUGAUCAGGAUCCAAAGCGUUGUGAGCCAAACGUCUUGCGAAAUUUCACAUGUGCGAGAGUUGAUUCAAGAAACUUACCUUAAUGUUAAGCAAUGGGACGAAUAAUUACCAUGUUCGAUCAUUAAGCUUGUGUGUAAAAAUUGGACCAAAAUCUCUUCGUGAACCUCAGUUUUCCUUUCAUGAGCCUGUAUGUAUUAAUUACAUUUAAAUAGAAAUUUAAAAUUACUGUAGCUCAGAAGUAGGCCUUGGGGUCAAUCCUUGACAACUCUAGUUAAGACUUAUUAUGAAGAACCCCCAACUAAAACCCUGGAUAGCAACUGCAAGUCGAGGCCUACAGUACUGAGCUAGAUGGAUCAGUGGUCUGUCUCGGCAGCUUCUUCAUGCGCCAUUGCCACCCAGCCAUGGAGGCAGGGAUGGGGAUGUAUUUUGGAGCAAUGGAUGCAACUGCUACCUUUGUGCAGUACGCUACAUUCCAGCCACACAAAAGUCCCCUUUCUUACCCACGAAUCAUAAUAAUUGUUGGUGGAUUUAUCAUCCGUGAAUUUGCUUAAUCCUAAUUUUAUCUAUCCUAGUUUUUUAAUUUUCACCCCACUUUCUCCCCUGUCAUUUCCAUUAAUUGGUUUUUUUAAAGGGCUAUUAAACAAAAUAACAAAUGAACAUGUGGCAUCUUGAAAGGCUAACAAAGAUUAUUUCAUAAUAAAAUUUGCUGUUGCAAGGCUCUUGGUUCUUUUUGCUGCAAAAGUCCCAGGUUCAAUCUUUGGCAAGGGCUUGGGAGAAAAAAAACACAAUUUUCUCAGUGUAAGCAGUAAUGAGCUAGAUGGACCAGUGCUCAGACUCAUAUACAGUGGUACCUUGGGUUACAGAUGUUUCAGGUUACAGACUCCACUAACCCAGAAAUAGUACCCCAGGUUCAGAACUUUGCUUCAGGAUAAAAACAGAAAUCACGCAGCAGCAGCAGCAGCAGCAGCAGCAGCAGCAGCGGGAAGCCCCAUUAGCUAAAGUGGCACCUCAGGUUAAGAACAGUUUCAGGUUAAGAAUGGACCUCCAGAACGAAUUAAGUUCUUAACCUGAGGUACCACACUAUAUGAUCCUCAUCAAAUUCCUUUCACAGUUUCCAAAUGCCAUAAAAAGACCAUAAAAAGGUUUCUUCUGGAUCUGACCAAAGACCCAUUCAGCCCAGCAUCCUGAUCUCUUAGUGGCUAAUCAGUUUCUUAUGGGAAGCCUGCAAGCAGGACCUGAGCCCAAGAAGAUUCUCCCAAUUUUUGAUUGCCAGCAACAAAUUGAAAACAGGAGAAUAUAUACAAAAGGCAUCAAAUUCUAUAUGAAUGGUUUAAAAACUUUUUUAAAAACUCAUCAGGCAAGAUGAAAAUGAAUGCGAAAGGCCUGAAUUUUUUUUUAAAAAGGUAUAUGCCUGGCUCCGAAAUUGACACCCACGUUUCGAAUCUACAUUGUGAGGCCUUAAAAUCUGGCUUUAGUGCGAGUUGUGAAAAUGAGUAGGUCUGGUAGUCAGUUGCGGCUGCAUGCAAAUGAAGUGAGACUCUGGGAGUGUUUUCUUCCAUAAUAUAUAUAUUAACCACAGUCUCCUUGAGAAAGCAUUCUAUUUAUGAUGGCUAAUAAAAAUAUUCAGGAAAACUCUGCAGUGUUUGCUUGUGGUAUGUAAUCAAAUCAGGAUGGGGUACAUAACAGCUAGGCUAACCCUAAAGAAUGUGCACUUAAUACAGUGGUGCCUCGCAAGACGAAAUUAAUCCGUUCCGCGAGAGUCUUCGUCUAGCGGUUUUUUCGUCUUGCGAAGCAAGCCCAUUGACGGAUUAGCGCUAUUAGCGCUAUUAGCGGUUUAGCGGCUAUUAAAGGCUUAAAGGCUUAGGGAUUAGCUGCUAAAAGGCUAUUAAAGGCUAUUAAAGGCUUAGCAGAUUAGAUAAAGGGGAAAGCGAAAAAAAUCUCAAGACUCGUAAGGUAUUUUCGUCUUGCGAAGCAAGCCCAUAGGGGAAUUCGUCCUGCGAAGCAACUUCAAAACGGAAAACCCUUUCGUCUAGCGGUUUUUCCGUCUUGCGAGGCAUUCGUCUUGCGGGGCACCACUGUAGAACAACUCGUGUUUUAUUAUCAUUGUGUUCAUCAGUGGCAGAAGCUGCUGAAGCCUUAAGGUCAGGCAGAACAUCUCUGCUGAACUGUGCAAAGUGUUCUGUUCUAAUAAUUUCUGCAACCUGAAGAGGAGAUAAUGGUGUGCUGGAUACACUAAUGGUCAUCCUUUCCAGACUUCCUUUCACUAUAAGAGAUACAACUUCUUUAUUUUUAUGAACAUCUUCUGCAGACUCAAAGAUACUUGCUUUUUCCCCCCCAAGUGAAUUUUUAUUGUUUUCCUUACAUAUUCUUUUCCAACAAAUUGUAAUAGCACCAUACAUUCCCUUUGACUCUGCCGAGUCACGACCCCCCUCCCUCCCCACAACUGGUAUAUUUAUCCUCUUUCCAUCACACACAUCAUUCUCAUAUUAGUACUAUUAUACAUUGGAGGUAUUAUGUCAAUCCUGCUAGUGUCUUGACCUCUUUACAAUUCUUCUUUAAAUAUUCAAUAAAUUUACUCCAGUUAUUUUGGUAUCUUUGAUCUCCCUGGUCCCGGAUCCUCCCUGACAGUUUGGCAAGUUCUGCAUAUUCUGUCAACUUCGCCUGCCACUCCUGUAUAGUUGGUAUAUCUUGUACUUUCCAUCUUUGGGCCAGAAGGGUCCUCGCGGCAGCUGUAGCAUACAUGAACAAAUUUUGAUCUUCUAUUUUAAUUUCUGUUCCUAUUAAGCCUAAUAGACACGCUUCCAGUCUUUUGGGGAAAGCAUAUCUAAAUAUUUUUUUGAGUUCAUUAUAAAUUGAUUCCCCAAAAUUUUUUACCUUAUCGCAGGUCCACCACAUAUGGAAAUAGUCCCCAUCUGCCUUUUUGCAUUUCCAAUACUUUCUUUCUUUUUUCCUAUACAUUUUAGCUAAUUUUACUGGCGUCAAAUGCCAUCUAUACAUCAUUUUUAGCAAGUUUUCCUUUAAAGCCAUGCAUCCUGUGAAUCUCAAACCCUCCUUCCAUAAUCUUUUCCACGCAUCCAAUUCAAUGUUAUGCCCAAUAUCAAUUGCCCAUUUUAUCAUUGUUUCCUUUACUUCUUCGUCUUUUGUAUACCAUUCUAGCAAUAAACUAUACAUUCUUGAUAAAAUUUUAUCUUUACAGUCUAUUAACUCGAUUUGGAAUUUCGAUUUUUUAUCUUCGAACCCAUUUCUCUUUUUGUCUUCCUUUAAUAAGUCACUGAUCUGAUGGUAUUGCAGCCACCCUGUUAACAUCUUUUCAAUUUGGUCAUAUGGUUUGAGCUUUAUCCCUUGGACUGUUUUCCUAGUAAUAUCCUCAUAUGUUACUCUUUCCCCUUCCAUGUUUACUUUUUUUGUUGUCAGCACCUCAAUUGGUGAUAUCCACCACGGUGUCUUUCUUUCCAGGAGGUUUUUAUUCCGAUCCCAUACUUCAUAUAAAGAUUUCCUAAUCACAUGGUUUAGAAAACCUUUAUGUACCUUUACUUUGUUGUACCAUAGGUACGAAUGCCAACCAUAUCUAUUGUCGUGGCCCUCUAGAUCUAAUAGGUCAGUGUUUUCUAAAGUCAGCCAGUCUUUUAACCAUACCAAGCACGAAGCUUCAUAAUAUAAAGUCAGGUCUGGUAAAUCAAAACCUCCUCUCUCUUUCUUAUCUACUAGUAUCUUCAUUUUUAUCCUUGGCCUUUUCCCCUGCCAGACAAACUUCGCUAAGUUUUUUUGCCAAUCCUUAAAUUGUCUUAUCCCUUUUACCACUGGUAUUGCUUGAAAUAAAAAUAACAGUCUAGGUAGUAUAUUCAUUUUUAUCACAGAGAUUCUGCCUAAUAAUGACAAUUUUAGUCUACUCCAUAUAUCCAUAUCUUUCUUAAUUUCUUUCCAUACCACCUCAUAGUUGUCCUUGUACAGGUUUAUAUUUUUUGUUGUCAUCCAAAUUCCUAAAUAUUUUAUUUUUUUAGCUAUCGCGAUUCCUGAGUCUACUUGUAAUUCUUCCAUCUCUUCUUUCUUCAGAUUUUUUGCUAGCAUUUUCGUCUUGUUUUUGUUGAGUUUAAACCCUGAUACCUUCCCAAACUCUUCCAUUCUUUUUAUUGCCUCUUUCACACUUUGUCUUGGUUCUUCCAACGUUAAGACUAGAUCAUCUGCGAAGGCUCUUAACUUAAAUUCUUUUCGUCCCACCUUAAUGCCUCUGACUUCUGAUGAUUCUCUUAGCUUCUUAUUCAAGACCUCUAGGACUGUAAUAAAUAGCAAGGGAGACAAAGGGCAUCCCUGCCUAGUACCUUUAGUUAUCUCAAAGUUAUCUGAUAUGUUGUUAUUAAUUAUUAACUUUGCUUUUUGGUCCGAAUAAAUCGUGUCAAUACCUCUCAAAAAAUUUUCACCAAUUCCUAGUACUUUUAAGUUUUCUUUCAUGAAAUGCCAAGAAACAUUAUCAAACGCUUUUUCCGCGUCUAUGAACAAUAGUACUGCCUGUUUCUCAUUUCUGACUUCAAGGUAUUCAAUUAUAUUUAUCAGGUUUCUUACGUUGUCCCUUAGUUGCCUCCCCGGCAGAAAGCCUGUUUGGUCCUUGUGUAUCACCUUAUUUAACACCAUUUUUAGUCUAUUCGCUAGUAUAUCCGCAAAUAGCUUAUAGUCGUUAUUCAAUAACGAAAUUGGUCUGAAAUUUUUUACAUCUAAUAUAUCCCCCUCUUUCUUCGGGAUCAGUGUAAUAUAAGCUUCUUUCCAGGUGUUUGGCAUCUUUCCUUCUCUUAAGACUUUAUUCAUUACUUCACUUAGAACAGGUGUCAGGUAUUGCGAUAGUGUUUUAUAAUACUUUGCUGAGAUACCGUCCGGUCCUGGGGCCUUCCCUAUUUUCAUUCUUUUUAUUGCCUUCGUGACCUCUUGUUCUGUUAUCUCCUGGUUAAGCAUUCUUUUUUCUUCUUCUGAGAUUUGAUGUAGUUUAUGAUCAUGGAUAUACUUUUCUAUUCUCUUAUUGUCUUCUUUAUCUUUCCUAUAAAGAUCUCUAUAGAAUCUCUGAAAUACUUUUCUAAUUUCUUUCGGGUCCUCAAUCAUUUUAUCCCCAUCUUUUAUUUUACAAAUUGUGUUCUGUUUUUGUCUUGCUUUUAUUUGCCACACCAAGAAUCUCCCAACUUUGUUGGCCGACUCAAACAUUUUUUGUCUCAUGGUUUUUAUUUUCCAUUCGAUGUCCUGUCCCACCACCAUGGAGAACUGAGACUGCAACAUUUUUAUAUUUCGUUUUAUUAUUUCAUCUUUAGGUUUUGUUAUUAGCUGUUUUUCGUUCUCCAUGAGCUGGGACAGGAUCUCUUCUUUCUUCUUCUCUCUCCCUCUUUUCUGGAAGCUGUUUUUUUGAAUCAGGAAACCCCUUAUCACCGCUUUGCUCGCGUCCCAGACUGUUUCAAUUGGUGUUUCUUUGUUUAAAUUCCAUUUAAAAUAGUCUGUUAUUGUCUCUUUUGCAGUUUCCACUACACUCUGGUCAUUAAAUAAGCUCUCAUUCAUUCUCCAUCUAUGUGUAGAAGGGUCCUUUCCUUUUAAUUCCAUAUAUAGCGGAUUAUGAUCUGACAGGGUUCUUGGGAGGAUUUCAAUUCUAGUUACUCUUGGUGUUAGAAUCUUACAAACCCAGAUCUGAUCUAUUCUGCUGAAGCUUUGGUUUGCUUCAGAGUGGAAUGAAAAUUGUCUUACUGUUGGAUUCCUUAAUCUCCAGAUGUCAAUUACUCCCAAUAUAUUGGCCAUAUCAAAGAAGGCCUUCGGGAGUUUACCUUCAUAUGUAUUUCGCCUCUUUGUUAAUCUAUCUAAGUCCGGUACCACCACUCCAUUAAAAUCUCCCAGUAGUAUCAAUUUCUGAUCUAAAUACUCUAACAUUAUUUCAUUCAACUUUGUAUAAAAUUCAGCUUUCUUAUCAUUUGGUGCAUAGAUCCCCACAAUCAGCCAUUUCCCCCCUUGAAACCCAAUUUGUACAAUCAAUAUUCUUCCCUCAUCCUCCUUAAAAAUUAAUUUUGGAUCAUGCUUCUCUUUUACAUAUAUUACCACACCUCUCUUGGCCCAGUUUUUUAUUACUUAAAAUUCUUUUAUGCUUUUUUGCUACAUGUGUUUCUUGCAGGCAUAUGAUAUCUAGGUUUCGUUUAAUCAAAACAUGGUUAACUUUUCGUCUCUUAUUUAAAUUGUUCAUCCCAUUGACAUUCCAGGAAAAUACUUUCAGGUUCAUUAUUUCUUUUAUCUAAGAGUUCCCACUCAGUUGCGCUAAAUUUACUGUUCUUUGUUGUUGUCUUCUUCUUCUGAUUCCUCUCUCUCUUCUUCUUGUUCCUCCUCUUCUUCCUGACGUUGUUCUUCUUUCCUUUCCUUCCUCUUUCUGAUUCUGUCUUGGUUUUAUUUUCCCUGUCCUCCCUAACUCUUUGUCAUAUCUUCUGGAGAAUUUUUCUAACUCUUGGGGGCUAGUUAGUUUGAAUCUUUUAUCUUUAAAGUAAAAGGAGAUUCCUUCUGGGAAUUCCCAUCUAUGCUGAAUUCCAUUCCUUUUCAGUAGACUCACCAUUUGUUUAUAAAUUCCCUUCGUUUCAGAAACCUGGCAGGGAUCUCCCUAAAAUCAAGAUUUUCACUCCGUCUAUGCAUAGAUUUUUGUUGUAAUUCAGUCUCAGUAUUUCAUUUCUUAUGUCCAAUGAGUUAAACAUGACUAGAACGUCUCCAGGAAGCUUUUUUGCCCUUGCUUUCACUGAUCUAACCUUUAUUCUAAAGACAUUCAUUAUCAUUGGGCCAAUAUCUUCUUCUCUUAAUUCCAUCCACCCAGCCAGUUCUCUUAUUAUUUUAUCUCUUAUAUUCUCAUUUGGCGUCUCCAGGAGACCCCUGAAUUUCAAAUUUCGCUCUUUUUGACGCAUCUCUAGAGUAGAUAGAUUAUCCAACAUCUCCUUCUGUGCCCUAUUCAUUUCUGUAAUUUCUCCUCUAAUUUGUUUUGUCUGUCUUUUUACUUCCUUUAGAUCUUUCUGGUUGCGUUUGUUUGAAUCCUCUACCACCUUAGUUCUUAUUUCCAAGUCUUUUACCUUCCCUGUCUACUCUCCCACCACCAUUUCCAAUUUUUUGUCUAAGGCUUCCUGGACCUCCAAUAAUUUUCUCUCUAUAUAUUGCUCAUUCUGCUUAAACUCUUUUCUUAUUUCCCCCAGUAAGCUCUCAUAUUCCUUAUUUUCUUUUCCAUUUUCUUGCCUAGAUGGGCAUCUCUCUGCUGGGGUCCCUAUUCCCUUUUUCCCAUUUUCCCCGGACAUCUUAAAUAUAUAUUAUACAAAAAUUUAGAUCUUAUAUAUAUAUCACACAAAGUCAGUCCACACCAUGUUUCAGCCAGCCACCAGGGGAGCACUUUCCCGCCUUCUUUGCUUUUAGAAUGUAAUUUUUUAGCUCCCCACACGGUGGCAGUCCCUAAUCCACACGCUGUAUCGUCACUCCCAGCACGUCUGUCACUUCUAUCCCUCCUCUCCCCACAUCCUCCAACACACAUGAGGCAGCAGGGAAGUCCGAGAGUCUUCAGGCAAAUAUUCCAAAGGGCAAAAGGUAAGCGUUUAUUUGUUAUCCCCCGUGUGUUUUCUUCUCUUCUUCUAUCAGUCCAUAAGGUUGUUUCAAACCACGCGCGGGUUGUGUAAGGCUCAAAGAUACUUGCAUUAUGUGGUAUUCCACUCGUUCCAGUAGCUGGUUAUAUUUUGAAAAACCUCUUUUCCCGCACCAAGCAGAUGGAAUUCUUUGUUUAAAGUGGAUCUGUUUCAGUAACAGUGAAUGAACAGACUACCGUGCCACCACUAAAGGAGUCACACCUGAAAAACUUGGCAGAAUCAAACUGAGAAAAUAAUACACCUAUCUUUUUAAUUUGCCACCUUGUUUAUCAUCAAAAAUUAAUUCAUCUAUAAAUAGAAAAUGAAAUGAAAUGAAAGCCAUGGUCCAACAGGAGCCUCCAAGGUGCUGGGCAUUGGACACAUAGCUGGCCAGCUCUGUAUUACACAGUUUAUUCCCGAUUUAACAAGGUUUCACCCUUGCGAAUCUCCAGCUUAAAAUUCUGUUUGGCUGCACUUUGGGUUUGGCCUUGGUUUAGCCAUAAAGCUGGAAACAGAAUUCGAAGAAUACAUAAACACACAAGUGAGAAAGCUGUGCUUGUCUCUACAGCCAUUUCCACAGCCAAACCCAACAAGUGGUUCAAGAGAAAGAGGAAAGUGAAUGUGAACUUCUGGCUGUGUAUGCUUGUCCCUCUCGUACACACCCAUUUUUUGGAAACUGGUCAGAACUUGAAAAAAAAUUGUACAUUCUGGAAAAGCAAAACAGACUGUUACAAGUUUACCACACACUUACUGCAUGGAGGGAGAGGGUGGGUUUUUGUGUGUGUGUGUGUUUUUUAAGAACCACCCUUUUUUUUAUGGAGAGCUCACUUGCCCACAGUUCAGUAUCCAUCACCUUCUCCUUCGGACCCUUUCAUCUUUGAACCUAAUUCCAAGCCUCUUACCCCUUCCUUUUUCACAACCCCCUGUGCACUCACAUUUCCCCUUUUCCCUUCCACCCUCCUCUGCACUUUUCUCAACUCUUCCUUGUACAUAGAUCACUCUCAUUUCCAUGCCUUAUCAUUUCUCCUAUUGUGGAACCUACUUUGCGCGUACACGCGCGCGCGCGCACACACACACACACACACACACAUGCCAUUAUCCCCUUCGCUCCCUUUUUGUAUGCAUCUGCUCUGCAGUAUUUGUUUUUUGUUAUUUGUUUAUCUAACAGAAUUAGUAUACUGCUUAAUCAUCCAUUACCUCUAAAUGGUCUGCACCGAACCUUAAAAAUAGUGAGCACUCAAUCCCAAGGUUAGAUUCUUAUGAGGUAAGUGUAAGGUCACUUUCUUGUCUCUUGGUUAGGAAUGGGGCAGAAAUUUGAUUUAGGUCACAUUUACCUAAUCUGCAGGCUCUGAAAUUGUAUGCAAACCAAAACGCAGCAAUCCCUUGAAAUUCCCGCUUCUCUGAACUUUGCAAUGCAGUUCUCAGCCCUCGUGAUGUGUACAAAAAAAUGCAUAUGCUAGUGUAAAUUGUUAAUAAAGGUGCAUAUGUUUGUGAGAAUAACAUACCCAAAGGCACUCUUUUAGGGAAAAUUGCUUUGCAAAAUAGUGUGUGUAUUAGGCAAAACCAUGUGUGUAUAAUGUAUUAGAAAUCCACAUUAAAAUAUUGGUGGAUUUUCAUCAGGACUUUAAAAAAACACACCCAAAAACGAUGUGGAAAUCUGGGGAAUUGAAUUUAAGAAUGGGGAAAUGAGAAAGGGAGAGGUUUGUUCAUCCUCCCUUGUAGCCCCUGCCACUCUUAAUGGGCUUCUAUUUGCGUGCGCUGAGAGAAAAAAUGUGGGCUAUCCUUUGGUAUGACUUUCGAAUGGUCAGAAGCAUUAGGGAUUCAUUUAGCAUUUCAGACUAAAAAGCAUUUUCCAAACAGCUGAGGGUCCCUGUUAAAGAAGAUGAAAGCAAAUUAUAUCCCUGCUGCUUCAUUAUGUAAAUUUGCAGGAGGGUUUUUUUUUUUUUUAAUCUAUCUUCUGACCACCAGCUGCAUCCAACAUCACCAACUUAGAUUCUUCUUACAUUUUCGGUCUGUAUUAGUAUUGUCUUGGGGCUGGAAGGAGAGGAGGGUCUUUUUCUUUAGUGUGUUCAUCCAGCGGGCGUAAUUAUGAACUCUGAGGGGGAUAAUUAAAAAGUCCACAUUUUUUAAGUACUCUCAUCCAGUAAAGCGUCCAUUGAUGUAUAUGGGGCAUUUUGUUCCAGAAGUAGUAUGACUCUGCAGACAUUUCUGCAUUCAAUUAGGGUUGUUUCAUGUUUUGGAGUCUUGUGCAAACAAAAACAGUUAGACACAUUUUUAAAAAAGGAAACUUCAGAGUCGUCCUGUCUGCUUAUGUCAUCCCAUAUUUUCCUCACAGUAAUUACUGAUAGAAUUCUAAACUUAAGUAUUCACAGGGAGCGGAAUAGUAUAAAAACUAUCCCUCAGUUUGCAGAGGUCUUAGCAUGCAUUAAUUUUCACCUGUCCACUGAGGACUUCGUUGCAAACCUAAGAGAGAUGGUCAUAUUGCCUUCCCCAUAGCACAAGGAGAUCCUCAUGUAAUGUGUUUAUUACAUGCUUUACUUUAAUAGUUAAAGCAAUUGUUACAAUUUAAACUGUGGGAGUAUAGAGUUGGCUCUGUAUAGGGUUUAGCAUUUAAUCCUGAAUUUCUGCUUUCGGGUGCUCUGACUUUUAUAGUGCAAAGAUAAUCAGAGGAGGCCCUCUAGUGUUUCAGUGAAUUACAGCUUCUCACAUUCACAUUUUUCUGAUUCUCCACUCUGGAGAUUGAACAAAAAAUCCAGUGGAUUUAAGACCCCUGGACCAUACGACCCGACACCUACACUUAACUGUGUUUUGUUAAAUAUAACUCAGGCUGCAGUCCCAUAUACAAUUAUUGAGUUUAAGCUACAUUGAACUUCUACUUCUAAGAAGAAACAUAUAGUAUUAUACUGCCAGUGGCACUCCAACUGAUAAUUUUAAGUUGGGUAAGGAGACCAGGAGAGCAAGUUAACCUAAUAUUUAUCAAAAGAUAGAUAAAUGACAAACUAUGCAAAUUUUGUAUGCAUUUGAUUUGAAAAAAACACAUUUCUGUCAUCAUAUUGAUAUAUUCUUUAAGCUGAGGGUUGUAUCGCAACCUAUGGAGAAGUGCAAGAACUAAAGAAUAUGUUCUGAUCUGUGUAUUAGUCUGGGAAGUACGACCCAGAUCUACUCACUUAAAAAUGCAGACCAAACAAAAUCCUUGUGAAUCUUUAGCUCUAACUAGUUUCACUUCUGAUACUGAUGCCUGCAGGAAGUUUCCAGGCCUGUGAGAAUCCUCCAUAUGGUUGACCUCCUAUGACACAUCUUCUUAAAGGAUACGAAACUCGUUUGAACCUAUAAACAGCACCAUUCUCUUGUGAACCCAGCUGUGAACCCAGCGAACUCGCCUCUAGGCUUUUAUUAUGCUUUCCCGUCUACCUCUAUCCUGUCUCCUUAAUUUGGAUAGUAACCUUUGAUUAUGUGGGGAGAAUUAUGAGUGGCUAAGAUCAGCUGAAAAUAUUGCUUCAGGCCAAAAUAACUGAAACAGGCUAUUUUCUUACUAUUUCGCUGCAGCCCUUUUAGGAUUUCAUGUAUCGCCUAUGAAGUGCUGCAGGGCUUGCAGUACAUGAACAAGCAUGGAAUAGUCCACCGUGCACUUUCACCUCACAACGUCCUCAUGGAUCAAGAGGUAAGGCUAGAAGAUUUUGUUUUUGCUGUCGGUCUGCAUCCUUUGUCAACAUUGAUGUAAUAAGAACUUCGUUUGAAAUCUUUUCGAAAGAUACCUCUCUUAUAAAAGCAACAUUUUGCAUUUAAAUGCAAGGUAAAUUCUUACUUUCAUAUUUUGCACAGUUUUGUCUAUAUGGCACUCUUCCCCCAUGUAAAUGGAAGAUACACGUCUACCUUUAUCUAAAAUGGAACACCUUUCCUAGACACGAAUGCAGUGACUUCAUUUGGAUGUCAUGAACCAUUGUUUAUUGUGACAGUAACAAACCAGGGUGAAAUUCAGUUUUGCUUAGCAGAUCGUCUAAAUCCAGACGCAUGGUUUAGCUCUUCCAGACAAACCCAAGCCAUAAACCAUCGUGCAAACCUUAGUUGUUUUGCUGAAACUGUUUUAUUGCUGCUAAUAGAAUAUUUUUAGACAUUUUAGCAUUUUAAAGAUUUGUGGUUUUAUGGUUUGUAAUUAUCCAGUGAAUGAAUUUUAUGUUUGUAAUACUUUGUGGGUCUUCUCGAGAUUUAAUCUCUGGAAGUUGGCUUAUAAAUUCUGGGAUAAAUACACACAUAAAUAAAUGGGAAUAUAAUUAUGCAGGCUUCCUGAAAAAUAUUUUGAUUUCACAAAUUUGAGACUGCCUUUCACACGUAUCCUAGCAUUCAACAGAAAUAAAUGUCUUCAGCUACACAGCUGGGAAACUUUGUCGAGAACGACAGCUCUUACGUUUUCAUCUUACAAUGGUGUUCAUUGAAAAUCUUCUGCAUGGGACAUAAAAGUUUUGUCUACAAAUGUUGGCAAUUUGGGUAGAGGGAAAGCUGAAGCAAGACUGAGCAAUGUUCUGAAAUACCACACUUAGGUCCACUUUGCACAUAACACUGAGCCACACCACAACUUAUCAAAAGCAAAGAAACGUGCUGGUUCCUGGACCAAAGAUUGCAGCUGCACUAUGGUUCUGCACUAUGCAGAGCUAAGCCAUGGCCUGUCUUAGUGCUACAUCCUAACUUGAUUUUGUGGUUUGCCUGUGGGUUUGGAUAUAAUGCUCAGCCAGCGGUGGGGAACAGGAGCUGAGGGCCACUUAUCUGGACCAAGACACACCAUAAGCCCGGGUUUGAAUGCAACGCUAAGCAUGGAUGGGGAAUAUUAUCCCCAGGGACCAAAUAUGGUCCUCUAGACUUCUCUUUUUGACCUUUGGGACUCUUCAAAUGCAUGCUCCCACACCAGCCAUGCUCUAAAUCCUCCUCAAGUGGUUUUCCUUGGCAAAUGUGUCCUUAAACCAUGAAAAUGCUUUCUACUUGCCUGCAUGGAGAGAAGUGUGUGUGUAUGUAACCCCGUCCCCAAUCUUUGCAUGACUAUACCUAGUAGGCUACUAGGUAUUGUAGGAAUAUGCCAGGGGGUCCAUGCAGCCCCCGAGAUGAGACAAACCUCUCCGGGUGUCAUCCUGAAGUUGCGCAGCUACGGGAUGCCCAUAAUUCAUCAGUCCCGGUACGCUCCAGUAACACAUAGCAGAUGCCUAUGUGCACACACACACUCAGCAGAGCUUAGCGGAAACAAAGUGGAUAUUGGUGUGCUCAUUCUAAGCUUUUAUUAAGCAGUAUAUACAGGACUAUAUACUUUUAUGAAGCAGUAUAUACAAAAUUGAUGCUUUUUAAUUAUGGUGCUGGAGGAGACUCUUGAGAGUCCCAUGGACUGCAAGAAGAUCAAACCGAUCCAUUGUGAAGGAAAUCAGCCCUGAGUGCUCACUGGAAGGACAGAUCCUGAAGCUGAGGCUCCAAUACUUUGGCCACCUCAUGAGAAGAGAAGACUCCCUGGAAAAGACCCUGAUGUUGGGAAAGAUGGAGGGCACAAGGAGAAGAGGGCAAGAUGGUUGGACAGUGUUCUCGAAGCUACCAGCAUGAGUUUGGCCAAACUGCGGGAGGCAGUGGAAGACAGGAGUGCCUGGCGUGCUCUGGUCCAUGGGAUCACGGAGAGUCGGACACGACUAAACGACUAAACAACAACAUAUACAGGACAAAGUGAUCAUGGGAUUCUCUUACUUCAGCUCCAAGAGAGAACAGAAAGUAAAAAGUACAAAAACACAACAGAGCAGAAGAGAUAAGGCUAGCUUCCGUUCUCAGGCUUUCCAAGCCUAGAAAGUAAACACAGACAUGUGAUGGUAACACAUCCAGCAGCGGAGGAGUGAAAUGCUAACAGGUAUAACCUGUAUUUGUUAGACCAAUAGAGUUUGGGUGAUGGUGAUUGUAGGCUCCUGAACAAAGGUAAGAGUCAUAUGUAUUGUUCACCCACUUUUGUGUCUGGCCCUUCUUGGCAUGCACUGACUGCCCUUCCCUUGUUGCCCACAAGGCAAUGCGGGCCUAGGGCUGAAAGAGGUUCCCCCAGGCUUAGGUCCAGGUAGGAAAGGAGCUUGCAGCCGUAAUCUUUGGUCUGGGAACCUCUUUGCCCUUCCAUGCUAAGUCGUGAUUUGGCCUAGGGCUACGUGCAGACAGAGUAAUCAUAUCUGGUAGUUUCUCACCAUCAGAUUUUUGGCCAUGGAAAUUGUGAAUUCAAACAUGAAUGUCAAUGCAUUUUCAAACACAAAGCUUCCUGCAAGGUAGAAACCCUCAUUAGGUUGGUAAUCAGUACAUUUCUUCCUCUUUUUAAUAGGGUCAUGCUAAACUGGCUAAAUUCGGCCUUUACUACAUGACAGCUUAUGGUGCCGAUGUUGAUUUUCCUAUAGGGUAAGUUUUACAUUGUGACAUUCUAGGAAUCGUACGUUGUGUGUGAACCUCCCCCCCCCCCCAAGAAUAUCUCCUCACACCUGACAAAGAAUAAUGCUUGAUUCUAUUAUUCUAAGCCUGGUUGCCAUGAGAAAUGUAAAACUUGACUUUGGUUACCAGACAGUAUUCUGGUUAGAAUUAGGAGAAUCUCAUCUUAGCAGCAUUCUAGGGGCUCAUCUAGAGCUCAUGUAAUUGACAAGCGAUUGUACACUCAAAUCACCCUCACACAUUUACCCCGAUGUUUCCAGUGAAGUAGCAGGAGAGCAGUCAGCAUUUACACUGCAGAUAAUUGCAAUGCUGUUAAACCAGGAUUUGAAAGCAGGCUAUUCAUUUAUUCAUUCAUUAAAUUUCUAUACCACUUUCCCCUCAAAGAGCUUAAGGUUCUUUUCACCCCUGUCUUUUAUCCUCACAACAAUCCUGUGAAGUAGGUUAGGCUGACACCUUUUAUUUCUACCGUGUCAAGGGUUUUUUAAGCUAUAAAAGAUGACACAGAGUUUAAAGAGACAGGUGUCCAUUAUGAAAAUUCAAUGGAUUUGUCCUGUAGGCCUUUUGAAAUAUGCUUUUGCUUUUAUUAUUGUACCAUUACUUGUAGGUAUCCAUCAUACCUGGCACCGGAGGUAAUUGCACAGGGAAUUAUCAAAAACAGUGAUCAUAUGCAAAGUGAAAAGCAUCUCCCUUCGGGCCCUAAAUCAGACGUGUGGUCCCUUGGUGUUAUAUUAUUUGAGCUUUGUGUGGUAUGUAUCUGACAUUAUUCUAUGUAUUUGGGUUAUCAGGUUGCUGCUGUGCAAAACAUAUUCCGUAUAUGUUUAUUUUUUGUUGAGUCACCUUGUUUUUAAGAGAAAUGUGAGGAUUCAAAAUAUUGAAACAAAUUCAAAACAGCAAGAACAGUAUAAACGUCAUCUUACCAGAAAUAUAUUAUUCAUAGGAAAAAUUUCUUUCACCUUCAUCUCAAUAAUCUUGUAAAUAGAGAUGUUAUAUCAGGGAGGGCUAAUGUGGUCCUCCAGAUGCAGUUGGACUCCAACAGCCAUCAGUUUCAGCCAUAAUAGUCAAUGGCCAGGAAUGAUGGGAGUUGUAGUCCAGCAGUGUCUGGUGGGCUACAGGUUCCUAACCCCUGAUAUUUUACUGAGGGGCUUAAUUUAUUUUACUGCUUAUUUGAAAGAGGGAAUGAAACAGCAUGUGGCAUUAGAAAAAUAUGCAUAAAUAUGCAUAAAUAUAUAGACUCUUGGACCGUGAUUUUGUAAACUUCUUUUUCAGUUUGCACCAUUUGGUUCUGCCAAAUGUUGAGGCUUUAUAGCAAAAUAAUAGGCUCUUGACAUAGCCUUAUUGGAAAAAUAAGGGUUAUGCUGGAUCUGUGAUUUGAUCUAGACUUCUCUAGGUUUAAGCAAUGUCUAACAAUUUAAAAGCAUUGUGGCAUGCAGCUUUCAUUCACCUGAUAAAAUUUAGAGCAUAAUUUGUUGCAAGGAUAAAAGUCUGCAUAUUUUGUUGACAGUUUCCUUCACAUAAAAGAAACAAUGACCUAUGACCUUUGUAAAAGUAACCACCUUUUUACCUUAAGGCAGUGCUUCUCAUGAAGCCAGAGCUGAUUUUCUUUUUCACUACUCAAAAUGCAACAACUGUAGUAAUUAACGUGGUCACUGAAGAACAACCAUACAACAACAACAAAAACCCUAUAUUAUAAUGAUUUAUAUUCUAUAAUUUAUAUUCUAUAAUUAUAUCCCUGCAUCAUUGAUUAUUUUACCACAUCUUUUAUUUGAAUAAUAUAAUCAAAUGUUAAUUGAUGAUCUUCAAAAGUUAGCAUAACAGUUUCUAAUGGGCACCCAUAGGUUACUUAUGUCUGUGACCCCCAAUCCUGUUUCCUCCUUUAAAAGUCCUGUUGAAGGAUUGCAGCCUAAGUCAGCAAACAUGAUUAUGUAGAACAAAAACAUUAUCACCACAUAUAUUUCUUUUAAAGCAAACUUCAAGAGCAUAUAAUGGCUGUGUGUUUUGUCAUGAGCUUUUCAUAAUGACCCUGCUUUAACCACAUACCUUACUGUUGCCUUUAGGGCAGAAAGCUCUUCCAGAGUUUGGAUAUAGCCGAAAGACUAAAACUUAUACUUAAUCUUGGUGAGUAAUGUGAAAACAGCUGUGGGGCACAAAGACUUCAUAAAAUUUCAGAUGAGCCCAGGGGUCGUGAUACUGAGUUUGGGGAUGUAAAUGCGUUCAGUGCAUUGGAAAGUUAAACAGAACAGCACUACCCAUCGAGAAGGGGAUAGUUACUGUUGAAGAGAAUUCAACGGUACGGCAAAAGUAUGAGCUGCCGCUUAUCAUGGUGAUCUUGACUUUCUGUAUUGCACAAUUUGCAAAGAUCAAGGAAGGGAUCAUUGCUGCCCCAAACAGGCACAAGUCCCAACAUAAUGCUUGCCUCCGCAGGAUAACUUUUGCAGAUAAUAACCAGCAAGAGACAAAAAAUAGUGUGGCCCAUACCUGUGUGACUGCAGCCAGGUUCUGUUUCUGCCCUUACUACAGGGUGCCAAGUAGUUGACAACUUCCCUUCUAGUCUUGUGCAGGGAAUGCAAGGCACAGUGGACAAUAGUUGUCAAGGUUGACCAGUCCUUCACACAGUGAUUGGUUUGAAACAGAAUAGGGCCUGACCACCUUUGACCCACCUCUUCCCUGCUUCUUGGGGCUGUUCCGACGUCUAGGCCAUGGCAGAUGUCUGGCCAUGCCAAUCCCCAAUGCUGAACUGGUUCAGAAAAUCCAGCUGUUGUCUGGAAAGCUGUAGCUGGGGCACUUCUAACAGAAUAAAACUGAGUUUGUCGGUAGUGCCCUUACAUAAUCUUCUCUCAUAUUAAUCAGUGCAUAUUUACACUGAUUACAAAACUUCACAGUGCUGAGGUCCAGCGCCGAGGGCCUUCUGGCGGUUCCCUCAUGGCGAGAAGCAAAGCUGCAGGGAACCAGGCAGAGGGCCUUCUUGGUAGUGGUGCCCGCCCUGUGGAACGCCCUUCCAGCAGAUGUCAAAGCAAUAAACAACUACCUGACAUUCAGAAGACAUCUUAAGGCAGCCCUGUUCAGGGAAGUUUUUAAAGUGUGAUAUUUUAGUGUAUUUUUGGUUUCUAUGGAAGCCGCCCAGGGUGGCUGGGGAGGCCCAGCCAGAUGGGCGGGGUAUAAAUAAUAAAUUAUUAUUCUAUUCUAUUGAUAGAGUAAAUUUAUUACAGGACUUAGGCACACGGACCCUUCUCUUACAUACAUGGCAAGUUAUACGUUAAUGAAGCUUAAUUGUUAAAAAUGUAUAAGAAGAAAAUAGUGUUAUUGGUGGGUAGGUGUCUGUUUUUGUGUCUGCAGCAGUCUGCUUUCCUGUUUCAGGAGUAUAGGGUUUGGUGAUUAGCCCCUAAAGCAGUGAUGGGCAAUCAGUGGCCCUCUAGAUGUUGCCGGACUGCAUGCUCCAUCAUCCUUGACCAUCAGCCAUGCUGGCUGGAUCUGAUGGGAGUUGGAGUCCUGCAAGGGCCACAAGUUCCCCACCCCUGCUCUAAGGAGGUGAAAUAUACUUAUGGCUUAUCUUUGAACAGUGUUACAUUGCCAACAUUUGUUCCUCCUCCUCUUACUUACAGGAUGCGUGGAUGAUAUCAUAACAGUCCUAGCUGAAGAACAUGGUUGUCUUGACAUCAUUAAGGUUCGAAUAUAUCCAGCACUCCCUCUUGCUUAAAUUAUAACUUUACUGUUUGUCACAGUAUUGGAUUUCUUCCCUUGAAAUGUUUUUUGUUGUUGUUCUAAAAUUCAUUUGUCUUGCUCUGACAGUCUUUCAUGUUUUAAUAGUGUGUGUGUGUGUGUGUGUGUGUUAUUGAAAGCUCAUUUUACUUGAUGAGCUUGAUAUUUACUUGAGAUAAUCCAACUUCAAAAUAAUAAUUAUACAAGUUUUACAAUAAACCUGAGCAGGCAUAUGUGAACCAUACACAAAUCCCACUCUUAGUGUUGUUGUUUUUAUUUGUUGAACUGGCACACUAUAGUGAAGUGAUAGCAAAUUAGAUGCUGUUAAGAGUUCAACUCUCAUCAGCCCCCAACAUGCAUGGCCAGUGUUUAGGGAUGAUGGGAGUUGGAGUCCAAAAACAUCUGGAAGGGACCUUGUUGGCUGCCCCUGCUGCUACAAAUCUACUAUUUGGUCAGAGUUCAGCAAAAAAAAGAAAGUAUAGUGGGACUACUGAUUUCAAAGUGAUUGCUGAGUCUAAAUACUCAGGUUGAUAUCUGCAAAGCUAAUGUAUGUUCAUCAUUAAUGUGUGUCCGAUAAAUGAAAGUCCUUCUCUCUUGUCAAAAUCAGUAUAUGAUGAAAAUCGGUUUAUCCACAAAUUAUAUCCAACCCAGAAGAUAUAGGUUGAACCCUUGGCUCUUAGAAUUCAAGAAAAGAAUGAUCCUGAUUGCUUCAUUUUGAACUGAAAUGCAUGCCUGUUUAAAUGCUGCACUGAAGGGCAUACGCUUGCUUCAACAACAAUAUCUAUACGUUUCUCAACCAGGAACUUCCUGAAAAUACUUUAACGCUACUGAAGAAGUGCCUUACAUUCCACCCUUCUAAGCGGUGAGUGCGCUUUUAAAGUACAGUGAAUAAUGAUGCUUAAAAUAAGGGAAAUGCAACUGCCAUACUGCAGCCAUCUGCUCCUACUUACCUAAAAAUGAGAGCCAUAUAUGCCGGUCUAUUUUUACGUCUUCUUGCUAAUUUUGCAGUUUGUGUCUAUUAACAAAGACUCCAGUCCUGUUUAUGUUUGUGUAGAGAUGACAGUGCCUGGUUAAUGUUGGCACAGCCACAUCUAUGAAUCAAUUAUUUCACAAAUUCUGCAAAUCCAUAUUUGCCACCAAGUCAUCUGCAGCCAAUCAUGGAUUCCCAAAAGCCAUACCUCUGUGAAAACAGUUGUUUGCAAACUUUAUGAAUAUACUUGUUCUUGUUUUUUCAUUCACACCUUAUACAGUGGUACCUCGGGUUAAAUACUUACUUCAUUCCAGAGGUCCGUUCUUAACCUGAAACUGUUCUUAACCUGAAGACCACUUUAGCUAAUGGGGCCUCCUGCUGCCGCCGAACUGCCGGAGCACGAUUUCUGUUCUCAUCCUGAAGCAAAGUUCUUAACCUGAAGCACUAUUUCUGGGUUAGCAGAGUCUGUAACCUGAAGCUUAUGUAACCUGAAGUGUAUGUAACCUGAGGCACCACUGUAGAUGAGUUUCUAGAGAUAGAAUGUGUGGUCUGCAAACUAUCAGUGACAGCACCAGGCAUCUGUUCCAGGGGUAGGGUAAGAAUGCAGGGUUUAGAUUCGAUCACGGUCCCUUCCCCUCUUUGCUUAAAUAAAUGUUCAGUGCUCUUGUCGAUAAUCAUACCCAAGGCAUGUGCCCAUCAGGCGUUAAAAGGUGUAGUUCUACAAGUAGGUAAAAAACAGCAGGCAGAAGCUUGUGUGUGUUUGGCGUAAACUGGAUGAGGAGGUAUGAAAGUUAUGGAGAAUUUAAAAUACAAUUUACUGUAGCAACUUACGGUAUCCUUAAUUGUUUUUCUUCCAAGCGUUUUAGACAUAAGCUUAAUUCACGGGCCACUUCACAUGCUACGAUUAGCCCUAUUUCACAGCUCAUAAGAGUGAUCGCAUAAGCAAUGUUGUAUGCUAGGAGGAAAGAUAUUCAGUAUCUCAGGAGCGACUCCAGUAAAUUGGAGGCGCUGAAACAGAAAUUCAUGUUCAUGGAAAUUGCUGUUGUGGGGCAUAACUUCACCUAAGUAGUUAAAUGCACAAACGAGCAACUGAUUGUAGCUUGAGGGCUGGCUGUAUUUUUAGAAGGUAACACAGUUGCAAAACAUUGUGGUUGGUAAUUAUUUUUAUAGCCUAGCUACAAAAAAGAAAAGAAUACAAUGGAGACAUUAAACUGCUAAUUGGGAGAAAAACAAAAGAAAUAAUGCAUCCAUGGAUUAAGCCUCACUGAAUGCACUGAGGUGCCUGGACCUGCCUGCAGCUGCUGCCUGGGGACUUCCAUCUGCCUGGACUUGCAGCUGCUAAGAGUAGCUUAGGGGCAAGGACCCUAUGAAGACAGGCAGCAUUUGGUAACAUCUGCUGCCCCAGCUUCUGGGCCAGCUCUAUAAAGCCUGUCUUGGGGACGGGACCACCACCCAAAGGGAGACACCAAACAGUUUGUCCCUUGGGGGGGGCAGCACUUCAGGGGUCGAAUGAGGGCAUGGGCCAGCCUCUUUGUGGUAAGAUCAGGGGUCAGCAAACUUUUUCAGCAGGGGGCCGGUCCACUGUCCCUCAGACCUUGUGGGGGGCCAGACUAUAUUUUUUGUGGGGAGAUAUGAUCGAAUUCCUAUGCCCCAUAAAUAACCCAGAGAUGCAUUUUAAAUAAAAGGACACAUUCUACUUAUGUAAAAACACGCUGAUUCCCGGACUGUCUGCGGGCUGGAUUUAGAAGGUGACUGGGCCAAAUCCAGCUCCUGGCCCUUAGUUUGCCUACCCAUGGGUAAGAUCAGUGUUUUUGAAGGGGCGGCAAUAUUUUAAAUUGUUGUUUCAAUUGUUAAGUGUAUUAGUAUUAGUUUGCAUACGUUAGCAUUGUUAAUGGUUUUAAUUAUUUGUUUUCUGUAUUAUGGAUUUUUAUAUUGUAAUUUAAUGUUGUGAACUGCCCUGAGAACCUACAGAUAGGGUGGUAUGCAAAUUUAAUAAAUAAUAAUAAUAAUUAAGAAACACAGCAGGAAAGUUGCACGAGUUCUUAAAUAAAGCAAAAAAGUGCACAUUGUACCACAUCCAAUUUACAUUUGGAUUUUCAAGAGUGUAUUUUCAAAACAGCUGAUUUCCAAAAGAGAUUUGAUUCACCCCCUCCUUCCUUUUUCUUUUUCCUUAGACUUACUCCUGACAGGUUACUGAAUGACCCUGUGUUUAGUGAAAUCUCAUCUUUAUACCCAGCCUUCCACAAACCUUCCAGCCUUUUCUCACCCACUUUAAGAUGUGCUAACUUAACUCUUCCUGAGGAUAUUAGCCAGCUGUUUAAAGGUAAAAAUGAGGUAACAGAUUUAAAGUCUAGGAUUAAUCAUGAUCUAAUAUAUAAUUUGUCAUCAUUGGCAAAUUUUCAGUCUGCAGGCUGUCGACAUAAUGUGUAUUUCUGUGUGAAUGUUUUCUGGUUGUUGAGGAAUAUUGUGAGCAUGUACAGUACGUCUUUAGGCACCAUUGGUUUGGUGGCAGAAUAUAUCUUGCAAAGUGGUAGGUGAAUUUGGAAAAUUGUAUCAAAAUCUUGGGUUUCCUUCAACAACAUACGUUAGAUGACCCCCACUUUAAUUCUACAACAAUCCUGUGAGGCAAGUCAGAUCACAAAUUAGCAAUUUGUUCAAAGCCACCCUGUUCAAAGCUCUCUGUCCAGCAGUCUGCAAUUGCAGGAUUCUCCAAUAAAUUAAAGAAAAUGAGUUGGAUCCAGAUGUCAUUUCUUCCAAUGGGAGCAUCCCUGUCAGCAGAAGGGGAGGAGGGAACAUUUGCUGAUUUUCCCUUUACAUCCCCCAGAAGCACUUCCCACACUGUUCUGGAGGGUUGGGGGUGGACCCUCAGGAACAAUAUGGGAAGGAGAGAAAUCGGCCAAGGUUGUCUUCCCCGUGCCAGUAAGGGACUUUCACUGAAUCAGGAGCCUCACAUGGACAGAAGAAGCCUUUUAGUGCAUGAAGGGAGAUGACAACCAGAAAAAGAAUUUCGUUAGUUCAUAAUACUAUGUAGUCUUAAAGUGAAGAAGUGUGCAAGGCUAUCUGGGUAGGGUUUUUUUGUUUUUGGCUUAAAACUGCUUUCCCUUUUGAUUUUCCAAGCUUCUUUGCACUGAUCUUUUGUCUUCUCUGGUCCAUGUGAUCCCAAAUCCUUCCACUCCUCAGACAUACCCCGCAACAGUGGAGUAAUAAUAAUAAUAAUAAUAUUUAUACCACACCCAUCUGGCUGGGUCUCCCCAGCCACUCUGGGAGGCUUCCAACAGAAUAUUAAAACAUGAUAAAACAUCAAACUUUAAAAACUUCCCUAAACAGGGCUGCCUUCAGAUGUCUUCUAAAAGUCCGAUAGUUGUUUAUUUCCUUGACAUCUGAUGGGAGGGCGUUCCACAGGGCGGGCGUCACUACUGAGAAGGCCCUCUGCCUGGUUCCCUGUAACCUCACUUCUCACAGUGAGGGAACCACCAGAAGGCCCUCAGCACUGGCUGAAUGAUGGGGGUGGAGAUGCUCCUUCAGGUAUCAUGGGCUGAGGCUGUUUAGGGCUUUAAAGGUUAGCACCAACACUUUGAAUUGUGCUUGGAAACACACUGAAGGUGAAAUAUUCAAGCUGUGGAGCUAGCGUGCUUAUUUUCCCCUCCAACAGUGUCCCUCCCAUUUCUGCUGUAGCCAUUCAGGUUGAGCAGGACUUUGGAUCUGGCAGUUCUCUUGCUCCAAAUUCUCCCUCUGUUUGCCCCAAUAGGAUUGUUCUGCCCAGCUAUCUUUUAGUCCGAGAUUGUUGUUAAAUUGAAACACACACAACUUUCGGAGGAACUCAGUGAACAUUAAGCGUUCUGUUAUUUACUGUCACUGCAUCCCAUUAAACCAGAGGAGAGAAACCUUUUUUAAGUAAUGAAGCAUUUAAUAAAUGUUUCCCUGGUGUAUAUCAUUUCUGCUAUCAAAUAAAGAUGGAGAUAUUCUGUCACUGCCUGCCCGAGCGACUCCAUAGUUUGUCCAGCUGCUUUUGUUUUCCCAGGGAUUUUCCAUCUAGCACUUCCAAAGGGAAGAUCGUUUAUCUCUAAUAACAUGGUCUGAAGAAUUGCUCCUCAGACCUAUUACUCUGUUUCUAGCAGCAACAACAACAGAGUUUUCAGUGCUGGGGGAAGGAGGACUGAAAGAGUUGCUGGAAAGUUUAUAAUGCUGUCUUUGUUGGCUUCUGUUAAUAGAGGAAAACUCUGAUUACCUAGCAGAAAGGUCGAUAGAAGAAGUUUAUUAUCUCUGGUGCUUGGCUGGAGGAGACUUGGAGAAAGAGCUUGUCAACAAGGAAAUCAUUCAUUCGAAACCACCCAUCUGCACUCUUCCCAUGUAAGAAACAAAAAAACCCCCAGAUUUUAGGAAUGGAAGCAUGAAGUAAAAAAGUUAAACGAUACAGUGAAGUGAAAGUGGCUUUAAAGUGGAAAAUAGAAGUCCAGAGUCUGAAAAACAGUUGCAUUGUCAAGCACCAUGCAGUCCUUUAGAACCAAAGCUUGAAAGCAGAGCACACACUUUGCCUGCACAAAAUCCCAACGUUCAAUUCCUAGUAUCUCCAGGUGGACAGGGCUGGAUUAACCAUUAAGCAAAAUAAGCACGUGCUUAGGGCAUCAAGGGAAGGGGGGCAGGCACCACAUAAAUUUUCCAUUGUCAGAUUUUUAACAUGAAUGGUCACAAAUUGCUCAGCUGAGUGUUCCAUUUGAAAUAUAUUCAAAACCCCAACAGAAAAGCUGUGCUGUUGCAACAAGCCAGGCUGCAUGCCUUAUCUCUACCAAGUGUAGAAGUAGAUGUGUUAUGUAAGAUUAGUUUUGAGGCUUUGAUCAAAGGCUUUGCAAUUAGAAAAUGUAGGAGGAAACUUUUCCAAAUAUAAAUAAAAUGGAAGUGCACGAAAAUAAACAUUUGUUUCCAUCUUGUUGUAGGUUGUGUUUUGUUUCAAAAAAUAAAAUGUUAUUUUACAGUUUAUAUUUUGAAUUGGAUAUCUAUGGAGGCACCAUAUAUAUUUUAGGCCUCUAAAGGUCUCAAUCUGGCCCUACAGGCAGGACAAGGAAAUACAUCUCUGUGAAUCCCUGGACAGCUGCCAGUCAAUGUAUACAGUACUUUAAUAUGUCUCCAAAUCAGUGUUGACUCUAGAUGAUAUGGAACCUAAAAAGGGGGAGCGGGAGAGAAACUGAAAUGGCAAUUCCUGCCUGCCAUUCAAUGGCUGGUCUCCAAAUCCUGGGGUUGGUCACAUAAUUUCAUUGUUUUUAAAGGCUCUUUUAAAUGAAGGCUUGCUCAUCAGUGACUUUCAUCCCUAUUUUAGCUUGCAGAAUUUGCUCUGUUCCUGUUUAAACUUCUGCUUUAAAUUCCCAGCUCAGCUCAAAUAAACUUCAUUUAGGUGUAAGCUGUAUCUGCUGCUGACCAGCUUUAGAUUGGAAUAGAGGAGAUCACUUCCCUAAAUCUGAAGGCGAGCAAAAUGCAAUCUAUAUCAAAUGCCAGUGGAAAUUAAACAGAAGCAUCCCCAUUCAAAACGAGACAAGGAUUGGGGUUGGGAUAAAUUUUCCUUUCCCCCAAACAGCGAGGGUUCAUGUAAACUAGAUGUAGUAAUUUUGGGGUUUGAUUCACUAUUUUAUUCACCAUUAUUCAGCCCCUCUAGUGCCUAUAUAAAUAUAUACCUUUAGAUAUAAAAUAGGACCUAUAUAAAGAUGUCUUCAUGAAAAUCUAUCUUCUCAAAUCAUUUUGAUCUGUGACUUUUUUCCCUUUCUUCCUAGUUUUCUGUUUGAGGAUGGGGAGAGCUUUGGACAAGGGCGGGAUAGAAGCUUCCUUUUCGAUGACACAACUGUGACUCUCUCCCUCUGCCAGCUCAGAAACGUAAGAAUAAUAGAAUCACAGAACUGUAGAAUUGGAAGGGAACCUGAGGAUCAUCUUCUAGUCCAACCCCCUUUCAUUACAGGAAUAUGCAGCUGUCCCACAUGGCAGCCUGCAACCUUGGUAUUAUCAGCACCACGCUCUAACCAGCUGAGCUAUCCAUGUGCUGAAAUAUUUGAGUUUAUAUAUUUUCCUGACCAAGAAUGUAAAUGGUUGCAGGAAAAGGGGUGUCUCAAACUGAGCCAGUGGUCUUAAGUUAGUCAUGUCUGUUGAUUUCAGUGCAUCUUCUCUGACUAUGACUUAGUGGAUGCUACCCCCAGAGCUUUCAAAAUACAUGAGCACAUCUCAUUUUUCUCCUCGCUUUUUCCCAUUCAAUUUUCAUUAUUUAAUUACAAAUUCACUUACUCAUUUGCUUUUGUUGGAAUGCAGUAACUUAGUCAUCUUGUCAUAGCGGUUUAAGCCUGAACUCAGGCUUAGAACUUUUCUUUAUUUUGGUCUUAAGUUUUUAUAAAAUGUGUUUGCCAUGUUUAGGAAUCAGAUGGAGUAUUCUUAACAUUGCUGCAAAAGUUUGACAUUUGCGGGGUUCUGAAUCAUUACUAGCCAAGGGGGUAUGGAGAGAAUUAGGAGAUUCAUGAAGAUAUUUAAAUCUGUGUGCUAUUUUUUGUUAGUCUGUUUGACAAUGUUCAUAAUUCAUCUGCAUAAACUGCAUGAUAGGGUAUUCCAGACCCUGACUGGGAGGUCCAUUUUGAUGGUUUUUCACAAUUUCUUGAAAGAAUUUCGCUCCCAACAGCCAUUUGAUAUCAAUCUGAUGAUUUUGAACUCAUGACUUCGUAGAGCUGAGCUUUCUGGUGUUCAGUUUUAUUGUGAACGUCUUCUACUUCUUGGUCUUUUUAUUUUUAAGUUCCCUUAUGCAUUUUUUUUUAAACAAACAGGGUGGGAUAGAAGUGUUUACAUAAAUCCAUAUGUAACUUGAACAAAAAAAUUAAAAGCAGUCAUUUUAUGAACAACAAAAGGAAACAUGAAAACAUUCAUUUAGUGUAUUAACAGACAUUCUGUGUUUUUCAUCAACACAUAAAAAUCUGAACAAAUAAAAGACUUUUGUUAUUUCGCUGAGCUUUUCCUCACAUUGAAAUGCCAGUAGAAAUUGAUAUAUAUGCUAAAUACAGAGAACUUUCUCUUUGGGGAAGAUCUGGUCUGACUCUCACUAAUCUCCUAGCCAAACUUUGCAGUAUUAGCUGAACGAUUUUCUUUAGCAAUUGGAAUUCUCCAAGCCCUGCUGCUGGAAUAGACUGUAAUCAAAAGAGGAUCAGUGCUGCAUGAUGUAAAGAGUUUUAAACUGCACUGCAAAUCCCAAGAGAAGAUUGUGCUGCAGUUUCUGACUAGGGCAUGAAUUGUAUAAGAACAUAGUCCAAAAGGUGAUAUUAAACUUAAUCACGCUGCACCCCAGACUAAAGUUAAUUUAACACCUGAUCUUUGGGGCUAUAGGCAGCAGAGCCCUGGCAGCUUCAAAAGACCACCAUCACCUUAGUAGUUUUAUUAAUUUGAUUUAUUUUAUUUCAGUGUACGUUUUUCAGGUUGCAUCAGAACAUUUUCUGAUGCCCGAGCAAGUGAUCUAAUUUAGCAUGUUUAUUUUCCUUGUGUUUAUAGUAAACAAAGCUAAAUAUGUUGAAAGUACCAGGCUUAACCAGGCUUAUAUUUGCAGUUGGCAUCCAUCCAUGCUUCCUAAGGAACUUAGGAAAUGGAUUCUUCUUCCUCUCUCUCUCUCUGUUUGUGUGUGUGUGUGUGUGUGUGUGUGUGUGUGUGUUGUUUCCUAGUAAUCGGCAUUCAGAUGCAUGCCAGCUGAAAGUAACAUAUUCAUCAUAACUUGAAUAUAAUAACUUGCAGCCUUUGGUAGGCAAAUCCAUAGAGGAUAAGGCUAAUAUCCUUUUAGAGGGAUUUCACAAUCUCACAGCCCAGGCCCAAGCCUUAGUUGUGGUUAAGGGAUAGCUAGUACUAUGCCUUCACCUGUUUAAAUAGCUAAUUUUGUUUCUUUUGACCCUUUUUUGAGGGCUAAAUGAGCAAGAAUUGUUUCUGAAGGCUCAAACAAGCAAGAUAGUAUUUUGAAAUCAUGUCCAAGAUAAACACAGAGUAGAUUAGGCUUCUCAGAUCUGGUGCCCUCCAAAUGUUUUUGAGCUUUCAUCCAUCAUCCCUGAUCAUGCUGGCUUGGGCUGUUGGGAGUUGUAGGUCUCAACAUCUGAACAACGCCAAGUUAGGGAAGGCUGGAAUAGAUAACUGACUUGACAAAAUGGUCAUUGUUGCUGUCGGCAUUUUUCGGUGGUCGAGAUGCCAGCUGGCUAGCCCACAGCUGGAUCAUGCCCUUCCAGCCAUGUCGAACCCCCGACCUCUGGUGCGACGUAAAUCAGCAACUCAAACUUCAAAGCCUGAGCACACUAUAUCAGCAGAGCAUACUGCUCAAACAGAAGAGGCAUGAGGCUUGUGGAAACAUACUAACAAGCUACAGAUUUAUUAAGCAUAAAUCAGGACAAAAGAAACAUGUCGUCUCUCUUUCCGUCUCCUCAGAGAGAGAGUCAAAAGCAAAAGCAAUACACCACGGAAGUUCCCAGCAAACUGUGCUGGAAUGUAAACAGACAUGUGACACGCAACAGUUCCAUGUCAGCAACUAAAGGUGGAAUGGAAAUUUCCAAAAAUUGUUUCCUUACAUUAAAUGCAGAAUGUAAUUUUGAGUGUUUUUGUGACCUUCCACAGAGGCUGAAAGAUGUCAGUGGAGAAGCGUUUUAUCCAUUGCUUGAAGAUGAGUAAGUACAUAGAAUAAGCCAUUUUCUUUGAGAUCUUAGACUAGGGGUGGCUAACAUCUCAUGUGGGAAUAUGUGUGAGUCUGGAAUGCAGCCCCCAAGGGGUUGACCAAUGAUGAACGUGUCCCUCGAGUCAAAAAAGGGUAGCAUCCAUUGGGCUAUGGUAUUCCUGUCCACUCUGCCUAUUUCUUGGUGAUCUGUGUGACUGGCAUAUCAGAAGGAAAAUACUAGUUUAAAGUAGAGGUCAGUGCUCUAAACAAUUUGUUUACUGUUGGAUCAUUGAGAUUUUUGGAAUGUUUCCCGCUGGUCAGGAUUGUGAAGCAGCAGAAGUCAUUGAUCCAUUUUUGGUUCUGUUGUGGGAACAGAAACCUUUGCUUUCAUUAGAUUAGCCCCCAGCUUUAAAUAAAACUGCUGAGUAGACAGGUAUGAUGUUCAGAGCUAGUAAUAUAUUUCUAUCUAGCAUGUUAUUUGUUGAUCAUUGCAAAAAAAAGUAUUCUCACUUAUAAAUUAUGAGAUUGUCUCCAUUUAGAAUAAGAGAGUAAGAGAAUUGAUUUCACUUUUGAGUGUGUGUGAUGAUGAUCUUAAUUGCUUCAGCUUUUCCCAAUUUCUUCUAUAGUUAAUUCAGUGUAUUGGGGCAAAAGAAAUAAAAUAAAUCACAACCACAUCCUCUAUUAUCUUUUCAGCCAGUCAAAUAUACCCCAUUCAAACAGUAAUAAUGAAUUAUCUGCUGCUGCUAAUCUUCCUCUUAUAAUCCGAGAGCGGGAUACAGAAUACCAGCUAAACAGAAUUGUCCUUUUUGACAGGCUGCUGAAGGUGCGUAGUACUAACAAAAUUUGUAUACAAUUUCCCUCAUAUACUGUGUUUAUAUCUUCAUUUUGCCCUCAAUGCUUCCUGCAGUGAGAUAUGUCUCAGUCAUUUCUCUUUAGACGUCAACACCAGGUGUGUUUCUUAAGAAUCUGUAUAUGGAUGUACAUGUUUGUGUGUAUAUUAUUAUAAAAGAUAUAGAUUCAAACAGUAUAUAAAUAUAAGAUGCAAUUUGAAAGUAUUUCCAGUCCUGUAAAAUGAUAUGUUGUCUCCAGGCCUAUCCAUACAAAAAAAAUCAAAUUUGGAAAGAAGCCAGAGUCGACAUUCCUCCACUAAUGAGAGGUCUAACGUGGGCUGCCUUACUUGGAGUAGAGGUAAGAAUGAAAGCGAGAAAGAGAGAGAAAGAGAGAGAGAUUCUUAAUUGCAAACUGCAGAGGCUGCUGAUAAUAACUGUGCAAUGACUGCAGUUUCCCUGAGAGAUAGCUGAAUAAUGUUUUGCCCAACCUCCCCACUCCUACACACAGAGAGAUACAAGAGCAGGCUUAGUUGGGGGAAAGGAAAACCAUUCAGUGGGAUAUGCGGGCAUAAACAUACAUGCAAGAUACGGCUUGAUGAGGAAAUAGCCCUUCCUUACUCUUGAAUCCUGUUUCUGGGGAGGGGCAGAGCAUUUAUUAUUCCAGUUUUUAUACCGCAUUUUCACAGAAAUGUGCCCAAAACGGCUCACAAUAUGGUUGCAAUCAUUUAAUGCAGAACGCUGCCCCCUCAUUCUCUCCCUAACACCACCAGUCCCAAUCAAGUAUAGUCUUGCCUUUCUCCCACUCCACUUCUCAGCAUUCAGUCUUUUUGUGUUUGGAGUGGGGUAAAGCUCUGGAUCAAAAGAUACUUUGCCCAGUUCCAGGCAAUAUGCAUUGUGGGGGGGAGGGGAGCAUGGCCAUAUGGUGUGCUUGUCCUAGUUUUGACAUCCAUACAGGGUCACAUGUGUCCGAAAACAGCCUGUGGCCAUGAAAUCGUAGUUUGUUACUGUACAGUGGUGCCUCGCAAGACGAAAUUAAUUUGUUCCGCGAGUUUGGUCGUCUUGCGAUUUUUUUCGUCUUGCGAAGCACGGUGUCGGGAAAGUUUUGGAAAAGCUUCAAAAAUCACCAAAGUCUUUAAAAACCUCAAAAAAGGCUACCACACCGCGUUCUAUGACUUGCUCCUCGAAGUCAAGUCGCAACUGUAUUAACGGUGUUAAGAAAAAGGAAACAAACUUCCAAGACGUUUCCGUCUUGCGAAGCAAGCCCAUAGGGAAAAUCGUCUUGCGAAGCAGCUCAAAAAACAAAUAACCCUUUCGUCUAGCGAGUUUUUUGUCUUGCGAGGCAUUCGUCUUGCGAGGUACCACUGUAUUUUAGUUAAAGAAUUGUGCAUUGUUCCGAGAGAAGGGUUUGGGUGAUGGGCAGGGAGAGCACUCCAUCUGAACCAGAGAAUAAUUUGGACCACUUGCCAAAACUCCUGUCAGAACCCUGCAUGAAUGAGUUUUGCUGGCAUUUCUGUUAGUGCCGCAUAUGGAGCAUUAAUUCUAGCGAUGAGUUCAGUUGCGCAUGUAGGUUCUUACUGCUUUGAUGUCUUAUGGAUUUUAGGGUGACAUUCAAGCAAAGUAUGACGCUAUUGACAAGGACACUCCAAUUCCUACAGAUAGACAAGUAAGAGUCUUCUUUUCAUAUGAUCACCUGUGAAAUUAUGAAAAUACAUUCAAGUACAACUUAAUUAUUGGACAGAUAAUAAAAUAAACUUUGUGGCACACAAAACCCUUCACAAUGUACAGUGGUACCUCGGGUUAAGUACUUAAUUCGUUCCAUAGGUCCGUUCUUAACCUGAAACUGUUCUUAACCUGAAGCACUACUGUAGCUAAUGGGGCCUCCUGCUGCCGCCGCACUGCUGGAUCACGAUUUCUGUUCUCAUCCUGAAGCAAAGUUCUUAACCCAAGGUACUAGUUCUGGGUUAGCGGAGUCUGUAACCUGAAGUGUAUGUAACCUGAAGCGUAUGUAACCCGAGGUACCACUGUACUUCAAAAGAGUAAUAGAACAAUAAAAUCUAUCAGAAUCCUUCAUCUGUAUGGUUUUGCUGAAGAGGGAGACUCUGUUUGUGCUGGUGUGCAUUUGCCCAAGAACAUGUAUGCGCCUGAAUGUGAGGUGGCCCCUAUUGACAAGAGUUUUGGGAUGCCAGUGGAAAAAUGUUACCCUCAACAACACCAAGAUACCCUAUGGGUUUGUGGCAUAAUCGACCUAUUUGUGCUCUCUUAGGUGGCUUUUGCACAACACUUUCCUUAUUUCCCAUGACUUCUUCCAUUCUCCCAUUCAGUGAUAUGCAAAGAACAGCAGUUUUGGGAGGACAUAUUCUCAGAUCCAGUAUGGGAGACUAAAACAGAUGGAAACAGAUGCCUGCUUUGAACUCUACGAACCCAGAGCAUACAUUCUACUUUGGAGCUUUGUUAUAGUACUUCUCUCACCCUCCUUUUCUGUGCUUGCCUAUAUCGUAGAUUGAAGUUGACAUUCCUCGCUGCCAUCAGUAUGAUGAAUUACUGUCAUCGCCGGAGGGUCACGCAAAAUUUAGACGGGUACUGAAAGCAUGGGUAGUUUCGCAUCCCGGUCUUGUAUAUUGGCAAGGUUAGUUCAGCUGACUUACUAUGCUGAGGAAUUAUAAUUUUUUUAAUCUUAAAUUUACUUAAGCAAUCAGGGCCAUAUUUUACGUUUUCUUUCUAUGCUGUAGAAUAAACCAGAACAACAUAUAUAUAUAUAUAUAUAUUUAGCUUUAGAUAUAAGAAAUGCAGUAAUUCAAUCUGUUGGCUUUAAAAAAACAAACCCAAGUUUUGUGAAUUUUCAUGGAAUUAAGAAUUGUUGACUCUUCUGUUGUUUUCAUGCUGUGCUUUAAAAUAUCAGUUAGAUUAUUUCCACAUAGUGAAUAAAUUGUAGCUAAACAGAGUAAUGAUCAACAUCUCAAUUACACCUUUAAGUAAUGAUUUAUAGAAUGUAAUAUACCUGGAGUUCUUCUGCAGUUGGUGGACAUUACAGAAGUGGGGCGGGCGGGGGGGACAGACAAGUAAAAUAAAUUUUACUUCAGGAUCGCUUCACACAUUAUGCUUUUUGAGGCAAAUGCAUAUUGCUUCAUGCGAGAAACACUUGAAAAAAUAUACACAUUCUCUAUACAGAGCAUAUGGCUGUGUUGGGGUGAGUGAAGUAAAACUGAGGACUGCGUAAUAUCUGGCAAAUCACAUUAACAUCAUUGGUGCAUUCAUUUGUUUUCGUCCCUUGUAGGUCUUGACUCCCUUUGUGCGCCAUUCUUAUACUUGAAUUUCAACAAUGAAGGUAAGCAUUUUCCACUCUUAGUUUGUUGUUCUCUCCAGACGAGAUGUCUGCUAUUUCCCAUCUCUCAUCUCUCCUCAUCCUGUAAAUAGUUCCUGCAUGCGCUGAACUCCAGAAACUACAUAGACAGGAUGUCUCAUAUAAUAUUGUCACAACUGCUCCCUCAUACCUGGCUUCCGUGGUUCACCGGUAAUGUAGGGAUUUCAGCAACAUGAGAACCAGCUGGUUCAUUGCAUACUAGCAUAACUUUUCCACUUGGAUUGCUGUUGCUAACAUGAGAAUAUGCACAUGAUUUCUGCUGUACUUCUGAUGCUUUGUUAUGCCAUUGUUGCUUAUUCUUUUUAAGCCGCUUUGGUAUUCAUUACAUAGAAAGCAGCAUAAAAAUACAGUCAACCAGUCAUUCACCAUCAAAAGAAUGUUUGUGUAGAUGCAUUGUACAGAGAUCAUACGGCUCGGGAACAUUGCUAAUCGCUUCCACCACAUCCUGUGUUGAUCUGAUGCGAAAUUCAUUACGGAACAUAGUUGGGUGUUUUAUGUACGUGAAGAAGGCUAUUAUAUGUCUUAUAUGUAUGUUAAUAAGGAUGCGGGUGGUGCUGUGGGUUAAACCACAGAGCCUAGGACUUGCCGAUCAGAAGGUCGGCGGUUCGAAUCCCCAUUGCUCGGUCCCUGCUCCUGCCAACCUAGCAGUUCGAAAGCACGUCAAAGUGCAAGUAGAUAAAUAGGUACCGCUCUGGCGGGAAGGUAAACAGUGUUUCCGUGCGCUGCUCUGGUUCGCCAGAAGCGGCUUAGUCAUGCUGGCCACAUGACCCGGAAGCUGUACGCCGGCUCCCUCGGCCAAUAAAGCGAGAUGAGCGCCGCAACCCCAGAGUCGGCCACGACUGGACCUAAUGGUCAGGGGUCCCUUUACCUUUAUAUAUGUUAAUAUAGGUGCCCCUUUGUCAGGUCCCUGAUACACUUGCUGGUGCCCUGGCUUGGAAAAAUGCAGGGAAAUGUUCUAGCAGAAACCGAUUGUCCACCUACUUCUGGCAUCUCCCCUUUGUAAGCCUUCUCACUUCUGACUGGGGUGGGUUAUGGGAGUGUGGUAUAGGUGGGGAGGGUCUCUGAAAAUCAGAGGAGGUGCUGUACACAAGCAGAGGUCUUACCUUUGGAAGAGAAUUUUCAGGGGUUUGCUGGGGAAAGGGGAGGGUGGGAAAGUGACUUCUCCAUGCUUUACGCAAGACCCAACCCUCUUUUUUUCAUGGGUAGUUGUUAAUUUUUGCAAAUGUUUUUAAAAUUACAGGAGCCUUUCGCAUUCACAAUGUAGCUUAUGAAAUAAAGUGUAAUUUUACUGUAACAGUAAUAAUGUUAUCUUUUCCUAAUGAUCUCCUCUUCUUUUUUAAAGCCCUGGCCUAUGCCUGUAUGUCUGCCUUUAUUCCAAAAUACCUGUAUAACUUCUUUCUGAAAGACAAUUCUCAUGUGAUUCAAGGUAGGUUUUCUGUUGAACCUCCUUUUUAGAAGUCUGCCUUGAUAGGUCUUAUAUAGCUUUACAUGUAUAGGGAGGUAUUCAACUAAAUUUUAACUGAGAGUAGACCAUUGAAAUUAAUGGACCUAACUUAGUCAUGUUCAUUAAUUUUAGUGGGUCCGCUCUGUCUCCACACUGUACAUCAUCUUCAACGCCUCUCUCGUUAAUAUAUUAUAACAGUAUAGGGUGAUUGUUAGAUGUUAGCCAUACUUAAAUUAGAUCAAUUGAAAUCAAUCAAGAAGUAACUUAAAUCCACUUAUUUCAAUGGUUUUGCUCCAAGUAUGACUUAGAGCAGGGCUGUCCAACAGGUCGGUCGCAAUCUACUGGUCGAUUGCGGGAUGCCCCUGCUCAAUCCUGCUCAAUCGCUGGAGCCUCCCUCUAAAAAACUUGGACAGCCCUGACUUAGAGGAUAUAUUGGGUAAUAUGUGACUGAUAUUUGUUAGUAUGGUUCUGAUCAUCUCCAUCAGAUUCUGGGUGGUAUUCAACCACGUUCUCUUCAGAACAGACCCACUAAAAGCUUAUACCGUGGGGAAAGCUUUACUUCCUCUCUCAUACCACUAGAGCUCAAGGAUGUCCACUGAGGCUGAAUGUUCAAAGACUCGGGACAAACAAAAGAACAUAAUUCUUCAUGCAUCACAUAAUUAAAUUGUGGAACUCACUCCUACAUGAAACAGUGAUGGUCACGCAACUUGGAUGGCUUUAAAAGAGGAUGAGAUACAAGAGUUUGUUAAAAUUUAGGCUUAGCAGCUUGUUAGAUCAACGCAGAUUUAAUUAACGCACUUUUUAUUAUUUCCAGUUUCAUUUAUAACUAUUUUAACUGCUAUUGUGCAUGUAGUAUCUUCAUUACUCUUCCUUAGGCAGAGGUUCUUUUCUAACAUUGAUACCUUGUGACCCUUUUAACUGGCGAUUGAACCUGACUCCUAGUGUGUGCAAAAUACAUACAGUACUCUGGUGCUGACUUUUCCUCAAAGGUAGAGCUUUCUCCCUCCCCAGCAGCUUGUGCUUCUUUCCUGCAUAUGAAAUAAAUUGGAGAAAAUAUAGAAAUGGCACAUGUAGCAGAUCCAAAUGACUUCUUUUAAAGUCAGACGCUUAUGGUGCCUUUUGAAAAUUCCUGAAAAAUAUAUCUGUAGCUCAGUCUGGAACAAAAGAGAAAUACCCUCAUGGCUCUUGGCACUUAGAAGCUGUUGAAACUGUAAUGCAAAUAGCAAGACAAGAUGAGGUGUGGUCACCGACUACACAGGGUGACAAGAAAAAACCUUCAGUGCAAACACAAUCUAUGUCUCAUUUCUGGAAGGAAAAUAGACCUGUGUGUGUUUAAGUAUUCUACAAAGGAAUAAAGUUGAUGGGACUAGUAUUUUUUAAAAAAAAACAGAAACGGAAAUAACAGAAGAUAAAAAAAAAACCCUGUUUAGUUUGGAAAUAGCAUGCUUUAAGGUUAGAUAAUAGAACUGUAAUUUAAUUGUACGGGGUAAACAACUUAAGAACUUCCUGCUCUAUACGCUUUCAUAAAAGCUUAGAGAUGUUUAAAGGAUGAAAGAAACUAGUUUUGUAAAUGGAAAACUUUAUAUUUGGAAGUGUCCCUCCUCCCAGACAUUUAGUCUACUCAUGGUACAGUGGUACCUUGGGUUAAGUACUUAAUUUGUUCCGGAGGUCCAUUCUUAACCUGAAACUGUUCUUAACCUGAAGCGCCACUUUAGCUAAUGGGGCCUCCUGCUGCUGCCGCGCCGCCGGAGCACAAUUUCUGUUCUCAUCCUGAAGUAAAGUACUUAACCCGAGGUAAUAUUUCUGGGUUAGCAGAGUCUGUAACCUGAAGUGUAUGUAACCUGAAGCAUAUGUAACCCGAGGUACCACUGUAUUUGCACCACUUGAAAUAAAAAAUGGCGGUCUUUUAUGAGUCUUUUACAAUAUAUAGAAAUUGAUACAGGUUUCAGGAGGCCACAGUGGUGCUUUGUUAGAAAACCUGUGAGUGACUGUUCCUAAACCCCUGAAUAUUCAAGGGGUGGUUCGUAAAGGCAUCAGCCCCACACAGUGGCCUUCAAAGUAAAUUUGGGCUAUUGAUAGGUUCACAAUCCAGCCAGCGUCACAUGGGGACGCUGAUUGUAUGAAUCACCAGUACUUCUUGUGGCUAAACAUACGUGAUUACAGUAGUUGAAAGAAGUGUGACUUGUUAUUGCACAAAAUUGUCACUGCUGCGUAUAUGGAUCCAACAUUGAAGCAUGAGUUUAGAAAUCAGUGCCUCCAUGCGCUUUUGGUUGCAAGUCUUUGACAGCCCCUAACUCUUAAGGUGUCUGUAGUAUGGGAACUGUCAGCCUUAAGAUGAGGGGUACGCAUAGUAUCAACACUUUCUUGUCGAUGUGUCGCACACAGCCUUGGUAUAGGCUUUUUCAGAUUUUGAGAAUGCAAGACCUGUUGAAAGUUUACAGCUAAAAUAUACUGAAGGAAUAAUUUGUAUCAUCUAAGCUAGUGCUGUUUGGCUGAUCCCAGUCAAUAGAUUUUCAUGGAAAGACAUGUGCCUUCAAUAGACACUUAAUUAACCAUGUAAUCCCACAAAGCAAUUAUAUUUUAUGAGCCUUGCUGUUCAAAUAAAGAUGGUAUUUAACCAGGUAUAGCAUAUCCAUCUAGAACCACUGAAGGCACGAAUCCCUUGUUUGAAAAGAAAUGUGCUUUUAGGAAACUAAUUGUACAUUUGUUUUCAUCAGCACAUAGCCGAGUUUAUGCGAUUAGUCGCUUUAAAUACUUUACCUGUGGUUGGUGAAUUCAUUAGGAACGUAAAUAUGUUAACACUACAUACAUUCGGAGAAAGGUAUAUAAAUUAAAGAUCGUUUCAGGGGCUUAGAGAUAAUGCAGUACUGAAGGAUCACGUGGGUUUUCAUACCAAAAUAAAAGUACUCCCCAAAGCUCUGAGGCAAAAAUAAAAGUAAGAAUUCAUUUUAUUUAUUAAAUUUCUUUACAGUACUCCUUUUCACCUGAGGAUCACAGGGUGGUUACUGUAUAAAAACACAAAAAUACAUAAUGGUAACAAGCAAAAACAGUAACCCCCUACAGUUUAAAAGGCCAUGGAUUAUUUAAUUAGCCAUAAGUAGCAGGGUGCUAUUGUGGUCACAUCCUGCUUAUGGUCUUCCCAUUGGCAUCUGGUGGACCAUGGAGAGAACAGGAUGCUGGACUAGAUAGACCUUCGAUCUGGUCCAGUAUGGCUCCUACAACUGAUGGACUGAGCAUCAAUUGACUGUAGCAACAAACGCAAAACCUGGUUUGUAAAAAACACUGAUCUUAUGAGAAGAUACACUAAUAUUUUAUUGGAAGUGGUACAUAGAAACCAGGAGAUCAAAAUAUCAAGCACCAUAAAUAUGUUCAAUGAUCCUUUAUGUAUUAUGAUUGGUAUAAAACAGAUGGCCAUAAACUGCUGCUCGCUACCGUCACAAAUACCAUCAUAAUCACACACCUGGCAAGCACAGAUUAAAAGUAAAUUAUUUUUAACAUCUGAAGUAAACUUUCUAACAGCAUGUCAAAGUGUUUAAUGUUGUCCUAUUAAAGAGGAUGUAAAAUGUAUGCAUACGGAAAUCAUGUACAUACAAACUGCACAUAUGUACAAAAUCUACUUCAAUGUUUGUGUUCCCCCCUUUUCCCCUUCUUUUAAGGGAAGGGAAGAAAUAAUGAAACAUAAUAUUGAUGUGAUUGCAGGCCACUUAUAGUAAAUAUUUUGAGCUUGUUUCCUUGUGUUCUCUUUGUAAUAGGGGAUUCCUCCAAGCAGACUUAGUUUCUGAUCCCUAAGGCCUAAAUUCCGAGUGAAAGGUUUUCUAAUAUGUCUUUCCUUUUCUAUCGCUCUUCCAGAAUACCUGACAGUUUUCUCCCAGAUGAUUGCAUUCCAUGACCCCGAGCUGAGUAACCAUCUCAACGAAAUUGGCUUCAUUCCAGAUGUAAGUGGAAAUGCUUCUUGUGCGUUUUUAAUAAAUAGCAGUAGGGAAAGGGAAAGUGGGGUCAGUCUCAAAGGUUUGUUUCCGCAUAUCAGAACCCAAAACAAAUUUGAUGCAAAAAGCCUUCAGAAUCUGAUAGGAGCAGCCGGUGCAAUUAGUUGGUGUUAUACCACUUAACAUGCUAUCACUGUCAAAUCAGUAUAGUGUGGUGGAAUUCAGCUAAAUUUUAAUCAGAGUAAUUAAUGGCUCUGACUUAGCCACGUUCAUUGAUUUAAGUGGCUCUACUCUGAGUAGUGUUGACGUCUAUGUAGAAGCAUUUGAAUUGCAGUUAUGUUCAAAGUCUGCAAGCAGAAUUUCCUGGGAGUUCACCUUCCCAUGUACGCGCUCAGUCCUUGAUGCAAGGAGGUUUACAGUCUGAAGAAGAGUAUAUGGGGAGAGUAUAUAAUUACAUGGAAAACAAGCUAUCUGCAAAACUGUAUUUUCCAUACAAAUGGGUUUGCUAUCCUACAAUAAGCCUAAUAGGAGCUGCGUGUGUCACUUGGAAAAUAAAAUUGAUACCGGCGACUCAUCAGGAUCUAUCUAGGUUGAAGCAUAUGCACUUCAGCAGUGAUCUGAACCAGAUUUUCAUGCUUGAGUACUAAUCCUAUCAAAUUGAACACUGAUAAAUCUUCCAGGUUCCUGCUGUGCAAGAGAUUAUUUCUUGCCACUCUGCCAUUUGUUUUUAUAUUAUAGAGCUCUUGAAUAGAGUCUUGAACACUACUGAGCAGCAAGUAUUGUUAUUGGUCACAAUGUCUGCCUGAAGUAUUAUGUGGCGAAAAGUGAGCAGGGUUUCUUAAAAACAACAACACCGAACAAUAACUAUUGUAUACAUUUUAUAAAAUCUUACACUGUGUUAUGAAAAUGUCCAUAUUUCCUGUGUAAUUCUAACAUGAAAACAAUAAUCUCUUAACCUAAAGGAUCCUUACUACCAAAACAUGAACUUGUAUGUUUAAAUUAUUCAGUCACAGUUUUGAUUUGCCAUAAAUGAUAGGUUCUGGCUGUGUCUACUUGGUAACCACUUAAGAAAGUGGCUACCAAAAGCUUUGAUUUUAUUCACCUGCAAGUAACUUAGCACCUAGCUAAUUACAAGUGCUUAACAAAAAAGUAUUGCUGCUAAGUUUGUGUAAUGAUGGUGCAGCUAAUUGUUAUUUGAGAGGACACUAGUGUCAAUUUUUUGUCCUUUAAUCAAGCUUUUGGGCCAAUUUUUUAAAAUUACAGAUGUGCCGUAAGUACCAUCAAAACACACAAAUACAUCACAGAAUUGAGGUUUUGCAUAUUACAAUGGCGUCCACACCACAUUUACUUUAUAUGGAAGCAGCAAGAGAGCAAGGUUGAGUGAAACACAUGUCUUGAUCCGCUUUCAGGUCUGCUGCAAAGGAGUGGAAUAUGUAACCCACCCAUGUAAAACCCAGCAGUAAGAGAAAGAGGGUGUGCUGGUUAAUCAUGCCUUCUCUCCCACCAGUAACAUGGAACAUUCAACGGGGGGCAACUGAUCUAGCAGUGAUGAGUUACAUUACAUUUGACUUGGUGUCAGGUAGACUGACCUACUUAUAUUCUAAGAUUUAUACACUAUUUGAUGGGAAAACAAAAAACCUCAAAGCGGUUUACAAAAAGAUAAUAAAGUCAAGAAAAUUUCACAACCAUACCUUAAAAUGCUCAAAAGUUAAAAUACUAAAACAGUAUAGACCUAGAACAAGAUUCAAGUGUAUCUCAAAUGUCAGUGGUGUUUCCCUCCAAUUUUAACCUCUCUUUUUUUGCCAGGCCAUAGGCUCAUGGGAAGCCUGCAAGCAGUUAGAGAUCAAUUCAAUUCCCUGUUCACAAAUUAUUUUGAGCUGGGGGGGAGGGGAAAUCCAUAAAAAUAUUUGCUUCACAGGCUUGUUGUGAGGGUUAAACUUUGAAAGAUCUGGGAACCUACUGUAUUGACUGUUAGUUGUACUUUAUUAUUGGCAUGCUCUGUUUGACAUACAGUAUUUGUAAGUCCAUCUUAAAGAUAAAACUUUGGGGGAAUAUUGCAGUAAGAAUUUGUAGCAGUCUCUGCCGCUUGGUUAUACUUGAGGGAGGUUGGUAGGGGGCACUGUGUACUAAGAACAAUGCAUCUCAGCUAAUAGAAGCUCAUUGUUGCAGCUGUUCUUAAAUGCAAAUUUGGGAAGCAAGGAUUGAAUCAGAUAUUUUGGUGUAUUUUUCUUUCUAUUUUCAUGUUUCUCCUUUUGUCUCCCUAAGGCACAACUAGACACACAACUGAUUAUAGUGCCAUUUGUGAAAGGAAUGUUGAUAAAUUAUUGUUUUUCCUUUGCUUUUCCUAGAAUAUUAUAGGGGGGGUGCAUUGCACCCUCAGAUAGUGAAAUGAAAUACUAAUUUACUACUUUUUCAGUGUAUUGACUAGUUGUCAGUAAGGUCUGAUACAUCUCUGAGACCAUCCCUCUACGUCAGUGUGUUAGGCCUCAGUCAUUUGAAUUUAUACAAUUUCCACUAACACAAUUUCAGUUAAUCAGUGCGGUCUAAUAGAAGCUAAAUAUUUGAGAACUGGUAUUUUGUCACAGCGGGUCUGCUACCAAAGAGACAAAUGGCCAUUAAAUGAACUGUGGAUUGUCUCUUCUGUAUACUGUACUCAGUUUCGCCACCUUGACUUACUGGGCACAAAAGCUUCCUUUGUAUUGCUUAGAACAGUGACCUAGGCCAGCUUGAGUGCAAAUAGAGCAUUUUACACACGCACAUAGACACAUGCACACACAUGAGACAGAUAGAGUCUGAUAGAAUCAGAAAGGACAUCUGCUUCAGUGCCAUGCAAUUUCAUAUGACCUUAGCCUCUCCAUAAGAUGGUUGCUUGUUACUUUCCAGAGAGAAAUCUCAGCCUAGUACAAACCUAAAGGGCAUACACCACUCCCACCCAUUUUGUAGAAAAUGUAAUAGGUAAACUGAGCUGCACAACAAUUAUAUGAAUCUGGAAUUAACGAUAACUCAGUAGAAAGCAGCAGUUAUUUCCAGGGACGGUUAUGUAACCCAUUUUUCUUAAUCAUGGAAAAAUGGCUUCCCUCACCUCUUUAUCAUACUUCCAAACUUCCUCCCUUCUGUGAACAGAUUAUUUUAUAGAUCAAGACUUCUCAGCUUCAGCAUAGGAGAGGUGGGAGAGAGGAAGCUCCCAUUUUGAUUCCGAAGAGGAAAUUUCAUAUAUAGAAAAACCACGUGCAAAUUUUGUAAUGAGAGAAAACAAAAUGAUGGAGCGCUUGUUGAAAUCCCCCUACAUGACGCCUGGAUUACAGUUAUUAUACAGAGCCAUGAAAUAGUGAAGUGCAGGUUCUAGGGGUUCAAAUUGCAGCGCUGGUAACAUGCUACUGCGAUACAGAUUUUAAACUGCAAUCCUGACUUUAAAUUGCUCACACUUGUUACAGUCAGAGGCUGCAGAACACUAAGGUGAUAGAAAAUUUACAAGGCUGUGCUUUAACACAUGUAUUCUUUUCUCCCCACCCUCUUCCUGUGGUUUUUGUAGCUGUAUGCUAUCCCUUGGUUUCUCACAAUGUUUACACGUGAGUAUGACCCUUUGUCAUUUUUUUUCUGUGCUAAGCAUGCCCUUUAUAUUGCAUUUUUUCACUUUGAUCUGGGUUAAAUAUCUGGGGAACCUGUGAGUUUCCAGAUGUUGUAUUCCAACUCCCGCGCACACCAGUAUGAUCAGUGGUCAGGAAUGAAGGGAGUUGAAAUCCAGCAACAUCUGGAAGGGCACCGGUUCCCUAGGCCUGAUAUAGGACCUACAGAGGAUGGCUAGGAUUUCAUGCCAAUGUUUCGGAAGAUUUGGGAGUCCGUAAUGCACUCAUGCAGUGGAACUCCCCCUUACUCUCCUAACUCCAUGCGCCCCCCAAAAUCUCCUUCAAGCCUCUGGAGCAAUUUUUUAGGGGGCUGCAGGAGAGAGAAGGGAGAUGCUCUGUUUUUCAAGCAGAAUGGGAGUGUUGGAUACCACCCCAAAGCAACAACAUUUUCAUUUCUGAUUGUCCGAUUAUAGUAUUGAAUGAUCAUAGUUCACUCAAUUCAUAUAUGUACUGUGGCACAUUUUCACUUAGAAAUAUCCUCCUGCUGUUUUGUCUUGUCUUUUAUGACAUGCUCUAGCUUUGAGCAACUCUUACACAUCCCCAUCAGAAGGACCGUACUCUUUCAGGGAUAAUUCCACGUUGUCCUUUCAAAGCAGUGGUGUCAUUUCAUUUUUAAUUUGUACUCUAUCUUCCUGAAUUACUGCACUCAAGGUAGUUUGCAACCUAUAAAAACGACAAAAUACACAACAAAAAUCGCAUUGUGAUCCUAUAACCAUCGCAAUCCAAAAUCAAUUAACAAAAUUCAAGGACCCAUUUCACAUAUAUAGACCCAGUUCCCACAUAAUGCUAAGCUAUGGUAUGACUUAGUGUUAUGUCGAAACUCCCAGGCUCCAGGCAAACCAUGAGCUGUAACUCAGGUUUCCUCUUCAUUUGCCACUUAUGGUUUAGCCAGAGUAGCAUGGCAGCAGCAGAAACAGAGGUAGAACACAGUGGCUGCAAUCUUCUCAUCCAUUCACUUGUUCACACUAAACCAUGGUUUGGCUUAGCAUUAUGUGAAUAGUGGGGCAUACAUAGUAUUACAAUAUGAAGCUUUAAAAAAAAAUUAGCAAAUUUAGCAAAUGAUAAUAAAAUAAAAUAAAUAAAAAAGCGGGUGGCGCUGUGGGUAAAACCUCAGUGCCUAGGACUUGCCGAUCGCAUGGUCGGCGGUUCGAAUCCCCGCGGCGGGGUGAGCUCCCGUCUUUUGGUCCCAGCUCCUGCCCACCUAGCAGUUCGAAAGCACCCCCAAGUGCAAGUAGAUAAAUAGGUACCGUUUUAUAGUGGGAAGGUAAACGGUGUUUCCGUGCGCUGUGCUGGUGCUGGCUUGCCAGAGCAGCUUCGUCACACUGGCCACGUGACCCGGAAGUGUCUUCGGACAGCGCUGGCCCCCGGCCUCUUAAGUGAAAUGGGCGCACAACCCUAGAGUCGGACACGACUGGCCCGUAUGGGCAGGGGUACCUUUACCUUUUUACCUAAUAAAAUAAAAUCACUCUGGUCAAUUGCAACAAUUAUUUAAAAAUCGCAAACAACCCAGAAGAUAUAUGUAAAAAUACAAUGCAUAAAAUGCCUCAAUCCUACUGGUUUCUUAGAAGCACAGUAGGGUUACGGUUUGUUUGCACAUACAGCAACACAUUUUAAAAGUAGACCUAAAAGUUGUUACAGCAGUAACCAUGUCUAUAUUAUUGUGAAAUUGUGUGAUACAGUAAGACAUGUCCUUAAUUCACAGGGGAUUUUCCUACAAGCACCUACAAGUGUGUGGCAUAAUCCAUAUACUUAACAGAAAAUUUGCAGUAUAUCUAAGAAUUGCCUUCUAAGCAUUUUGCAAAAAAUUCUUUUUUACUAGCAUUUUAUAUCCAUUUUUGUUGGGACACAACAAGACAGUGCUGUGGUUUAAAAAGCUCAGUUUUGGUAACGGGUAUAUCUGAUGAGGUUUUAAAUUUGUUUUAUAAAUUAACUAGUAUCCAAGUACAUAAUGGCUGUCAGAUAAAGUCAAAGAUUAACUAUGAUACUGAUUCAGAUGAGUUAAUGUGAAGGGAAAUCAUUCAACUGCUUCUGUCCUUUGGAGAAUUAUAUACCUCACAUACAAUUAUAGUAUUGUACAUAAAGUUUGACUGAUAUUUAGUAAGCAUAACAGGAGGAAUAGUUUGUCUAAAAAUGGGUGCCUGCAUUAAAAUGUGUUGCUCUCCUGGGUGCAAAAACUUCAGGGUUUAUUUGUAACACUGUCACAGAAAGCUGAAGUCAUGUUGUAGCUAAAAAGCUGCUCUAAAUCAGGAAGUCCCCUGCUUCAAAUGUUCUGCAAUGAGCUAUUUUGGUGGCUUUAGUUUGUAAAAAUAGAUACUCCUCCUCACUCAGAAAAAAUGCCCUUGGCCAUCUCAUCACUCUAUAAACAAGACCAAAACCUCUCUCCCUCCCCCAAAACAUUCCCCCCCCCCAGAAAUUUAUCCCACCUCUGUUCAAUUUUGGGGGUGCCUCCAGAUGUUUUGUACUAAAACUCCCACCCGACCUAGUCAGGGGUUAUGGAGUUGUGGCCCAAAACAUCUUUAUCAACGACUUGGAUGAUGGACUCAAGGGCAUCCUGAUCAAAUUUGCAGAUGACACCAAACUGGGAGGGGUGGCUAACACCCCAGAGGACAGGAUCACAUUUCAAAACAACCUUGACAGAUUAGAGAACUGGGCCAAAACAAACGAUGAAUUUUAACAGGGAGAAAUGUAAAGUAUUGCACUUGGGCAAAAAAAACGAGAGGCACAAAUACAAGAUGGGUGACACCUGGCUUGAGAGCAGUACAUGUGAAAAGGAUCUAGGAGUCUUGGUUGACCACAAACUUGACAUGAGCCAACAGUGUGACGCGGCAGCUAAAAAAGCCAAUGCAAUUCUGGGCUGCAUCAAUAGGAGUAUAGCAUCUAGAUCAAGGGAAGUAAUAGCGCCACUGUAUUCUGCUCUGGUCAGACCUCACCUGGAGUACUGUGUCCAGUUCUGGGCACCACAGUUCAAGAAGGACACUGACAAACUGGAACGUGUCCAGAGGAGGGCAACCAAAAUGGUCAAAGGCCUGGAAACGAUGCCUUAUGAGGAACGGCUAAGGGAGCUGGGCAUGUUUAGCCUGGAGAAGAGGAGGUUAAGGGGUGAUAUGAUAGCCAUGUUCAAAUAUAUAAAAGGAUGUCACAUAGAGGAGGGAGAAAGGUUGUUUUCUGCUGCUCCAGAGAAGCGGACAUGGAGCAAUGGAUCCAAACUACAAGAAAGAAGAUUCCACCUAAACAUUAGGAAGAACUUCCUGACAGUAAGAGCUGUUCGACAGUGGAAUUUGCUGCCAAGGAGUGUGGUGGAGUCUCCUUCUUUGGAGGUCUUUAAGCAGAGGCUUGACAACCAUAUGUCAGGAGUGCUCUGAUGGUGUUUCCUGCUUGGCAGGGGGUUGGACUCGAUGGCCCUUGUGGUCUCUUCCAACUCUAUGAUUCUUUCUGGAAACAACCAGAUUGGUAAACAUGGAUGUGUUAAGUCCGUCCUUACCCCUCCUCACUUUUCACAGUUAAAUACUGAGCACUGCUGGCCUAUUUAUUGAAAUAUUUUGUUCUGCCUAUGAAGUUCACCUAAAAAUUAUGACAUUUGCAAGUGACUAUGUUUUAUUAGUACCAAAUCUGCCUGUAAAUAUGUCUUCCCCAUGGACAACCACCUGUUGUCCUUCUGCCAACUCCUUCUCAAUAUUGCCAACUAUUUUAGCAUGCUGAGCAAUAGCUAUCUGUGCACAUUUCUUGAUUAGUUUGUACAUACAAUUUCUCUAGUAAAUGUUUAUUAUAACAAGAAGAUCGAAAAUGUACUUAUGGGAGAAAAGGGUCCCAUUGAAACAGUUAGCUGGGAAUUCAAUGUCUAUGCAGAUCAUGCAUCUCUUUCCUUUUGCUUCAGUAAUAAAUACAGAGUGUUUCAACAAAAGAGAAAAGUCCUUGAAAUGUUUUUUUUAGCAGAAUAUAUAAUUCUCUUAAUUAGGCAUUUAAUAACACUGAAAUGAGUUAUUGAUUACCUUUGGGAGUGAUCUACAGAUGAAGAUAAAUCUUUCUAAACAAGGUUGGGUAUUCUUUGUUCUAAAAUUAAAGCAAUAACCUUCAAGUUGUGGUAAUUUAUCUAGAAAAAUGGCUGUAUAUCUGUGACAGAAAAUCAUAGGCCUCUUUCACUAUCCUACUCAAUUUAUCAAUGAAUCUAUUGACUUAAUAACAUAACACUAUUUGGGUUUCUCCAAAUGGCUCUUCCACCACUUGGUUGCAUGCAUGCUAUUAGGUCACCUGCUAUUUAGGGCCUUUUCCUGUCUUGAAUCUUAUUUAUAAACCCUUUGCGUACUGAGUUUGUGUUAUCAGUUACAUCAUUGUUGUUCAACUUCAGCUCCCACCAGAUGCAGCCAGCAUGGCCAAUGACCAGGGGUAAUAGGAAUUGUAGUCCAGCAACAUCUGGAAGACCACAGGUUCCCCACUUUCGUUCUGCAGCAAAAGCCAAGGUGGUGCCUUCAAGAAGCUGCCCUUCAACUCCCAUCAGUCCCAGCCAGCAUGGCUAAUGGUCAAGGAUGAUGGGAGCUGUAGUCCAGCAACACCACCACAUUGACUACUCCUGUCAACAGUUCCAGGUCAACACAACCUUUUCUAAACAUAAUGAUCAACAAACUAGUUUGGUUUGAUUUACUGAUGGGCCAUGCGAGGUUUCUAGUCUCUCAAGAUAAUUAAACAUAAUUUUCCUGUCUUUCCCACCUUGCAGAUGUCUUUCCGUUGCACAAAAUAUUUCAUCUGUGGGAUACAUUACUACUUGGGAAUUCUUCUUUCCCUUUCUGUAUUGGAGUGGCUAUUCUGCAGCAGCUGAGGGACCGACUUCUCUCUAAUGGAUUCAACGAAUGCAUUUUGCUGUUUUCUGAUUUGCCAGGUAUUGCAAGUUUCUAUGUUGGAUGUCUUUCAUUACGGUUCAUGAAGUUUCUGUUGAUAAUUUUGGGUUUUGAGUGUAAGAUCUUAGAAGGGUGAUGGAAAAUAUUGAUAUAGAUGGGUCCUUGCAUUUCACUGAGCAGAGUUUGAAUUAAUUGUAGGACAUAUUUUGAGAUGGAAAAAGCAAAAUUGGAUAGCUAAGUUGUAGGAGUGUAAUAUGAGAGGAGAAGAAGAAGAAGAAGAAGAAGAAGAGUUUGGAUUUGAUAUCCCGCCUUUCACUCCCCUUAAGGAGUCUCAAAGCGGCUAACAUUCUCCUUUCCCUUCCUCCCCCACAACAAACACUCUGUGAGGUGAGUGAGGCUGAGAGACUUCAAAGAAGUGUGACUGGCCCAAGGUCACCCAGCAGCUGCAUGUGGAGGAGCGGAGAUGCGAACCCGGUUCCCCAGAUUACGUGACUACCGCUCUUAACCACUACACCACACUGGCUCUCAGUCUUUUUCUUGAAUUAAAUUAACUGGGCAUGCCAUAGUAUGAAACCACACACCUUUCCUAAUAGAUCUUCCAGUAAUAUGUGUUGCAGUUUCAUUUGCUGUGGUGAGUAACCAGUUCCAUUCUGACAGGUACAAUGAGCCCCAGACUUCCUGCAGACCUUGAAGUUGUGGCAUCAUUCCUACAGUUGCAUUACGUUUCUGAAGGGCCCUAACUGCCUCACAAGCGAGUUCAUGUCCCAGCUCUCCUCUUGAGCUUGGGACUCCAGUAUUAUGUUUUCCUUUUAAAUCUUAGCAACCAAUUUUGUCUUGAUUUCAUUUUUUUCCACACAGUUGAUUAACUAGGGUGUGUUUGGCCUUCUCCAGAGCAGAACGUUACAAUCUCAUUUGAUGCAAUCUCAUUACCUUUUGAUAGACUAGCAAACCACUCCAUGCGCUGCUCUGGUUUGCCAGAAGCGGCUUAGUCAUGCUGGCCACAUGACCCGGAAGCUGUCUGUGGACAAAUGCCGGCUCCCUCAGCCUAUAGAGUGAGAUGAGCGUGCAACCCCAGAGUCAGGGGUACUUUUACCUUUUACCAUAGGUUCUAAUGGAACUAGAGAGCAACAGUUGCCUUAGAAAAUAUCUACAAGUGUGCAUCACAUUGAAAGCAGCUCUGGAAUCCGAAGCCUCCCUUUACGAGGAGGCAGGAGCUGACUUCCUUAUACGUUGUUCACAUGGCAAGCAGCAUGUUUGACAGCUUCUCCAGAAGCUGUCCCUGCAGACAGAGAAGGCUGGAGGAGAAGUGUCACAUGCUUGACUUGCCUCUCGCCAUCCCUCCCAGGAAGGUGUAUUCGUUGCUGUUUCACUUUCAAGAAAAAGACACAAGAGCCGCUUGUUUAUGAAAGGGGUUUUUUUGUUUUGUUCUUUUACCCCUACGUAUUCUUGAAUCACCUGUGUUUGAUGCCUUUGUCAAGAGAGCAAGAGGCAGAUGUGUUUAUAAAACAGUUCUAAAAAUUCAUCAAAGGUGAAUAAUGGUAUUUGAGAACAGAAGCUAUGCCUACGUGCCAAUAUUUAAUAGCUUCCAGCCAAGUAUGGGGUAGUGGAGCUGGCUUUGGUACAGAUAGAAAGUGAUUUGUUAGCACACACCUGCUUGCUGAAGUUGUUCUGUAAUGUUGAGGCCUGCAAGAUUGAUGCCAUUUUACCUAAAGCUCUGAAUCCUUUUAUUAUACCCAUUUUCCACUUGUAUAUAUGUGAUGCUCACAUAUUCAAGCCUAUCAAUCCUAGUUUUUAGCUCUAAGGAUGAAGAAACCCCAAACAAUUUCUCAUUCGCUCUUUCUUAUCAGCUCCCUGGCUGUUGUAUACUUGGUCAUAUUGUAUAUAGACUAAUUACCUGGCAUUUAAUAUCUCUUACGAGCUUCUAUACAGAUACAUUUAUCAGCAUCUUCAUAUUUGGCUUCUCCAUACAUACAAAGCCUCCAGGCUUUAUGAAUAGCUACUUGUUAACUAUGUGUGUGUUUAUGUGUAUGUACAUGCAUGUGUAUAUAGAUAACGCAGGAUUUGGGGUAUGAAAGUUUGUUUGUUUUUAAAUGGAAAAACCAGACAAGAUCCAUUUGUAUCAGAUUUUCAAAAGAUCUGCAGCUUCAUUUGCACAUAGUACAUUUUAUUUAUUUAUUUAUUUAUUUAUUUUAUUUCAUAUAAUUUGUAUAUACCAGUUGAUUGUAAGGGGGGGGGGACACCUCCAAGGGGUUUAGAAUAGGAGUGGCAAACCUCAGGGCACUGCUGUUGGCCUGCCAGGCCCAAGCCAAAUUGUCUCCAUCCUCCUCCUCUGCAGUGUGAGGAUGGGUCAUGGGGGCAAAAGAUGCAUGCCUAUUUGGCUUACCAAUUGUGCAAAUGCAGCCAAAGACAUACGAUUGGACCUGGCAAGAAUUCAGAACUUAAUCUUUUACCUAACUACUUUUUAAAAAAGGAAAUUGCUACGGUGCAACCCAGUGCAGCAUUGCAGUGUGAUCAUGUGCCAUGUUCAACCAAUAGAAAACAUGGAGGAUUUUCAAGUAAAUAGUAACAUCAGUUAGUGAAAAUGUUUUCGUGUCAGAUGGAAAGCAAUGCAGUAUCUAAUAGGCAGAGCCCUACCAAGCUAUAAGAUGUGUGUUCACAGGAAAACUAUGUGAAAAGGAAAGGCUUCUGCAAGCAGACCUCUUGAUAUCUUACUUUCUCCUCCCAAAGUGUUGUCUGUGUGCCUGGGGCAAGUUUUGUAGGACAUUAAAUAAAAUGCUUGGGACUCAAAGGCCAGGCCAAUGCUAUUAACAUGCAUUCUUUCUAAGAGUGACAAGCAAUUUAUCUUUUCUAAAUUUCCUCUUCGCAUGCAGGGUCACCAGAAAGAAGCAGGUCUCUGGAAUGGAUUUAAUGAUAUGCAAAAGAAACGCUCUGUCACAUUUAUAUAUACUAUUUGCCACACUUUUAAUAAAACAUUUUCUGUGUCAAUGAUCCCUUGUUUAGCGCUCUGUUUUUCCAGUGAUCUGUCUUUGCAGAAAAGCGCUCAAGUGCUUUGCUGCGAAAUUCCCCUCUUGUCACCUGUGUUCCUUCUUAACUUUGUGCUCUGUGUGCUCUGCCGUCCCUGUGAAAUACAGACUGAAAGUUUAAAAUGACUGCUGGAGAUUAUGGAAUCUUUCUGAAGGCUGUAGGGCUUUGCUAUUUAUUUAUUUAUUUUAUUUCAUAUAAUUUGUAUAUACCAGUUGAUUGUAAGGGGGGGGGACACCUCCAAGGGGUUUAGAAUAGGAGUGGCAAACCUCAGGGCACUGCUGUUGGCCUGCCAGGCCCAAGCCAAAUUGUCUCCAUCCUCCUCCUCUGCAGUGUGAGGAUGGGUCAUGGGGGCAAAAGAUGCAUGCCUAUUUGGCUUACCAAUUGUGCAAAUGCAGCCAAAGACCAUACGAUUGGACCUGGCAAGAAUUCAGAACUUAAUCUUUUACCUAACUACUUUUUAAAAAAGGAAAUUGCUACGGUGCAACCCAGUGCAGCAUUGCAGUGUGAUCAUGUGCCAUGUUCAACCAAUAGAAAACAUGGAGGAUUUUCAAGUAAAUAGUAACAUCAGUUAGUGAAAAUGUUUUCGUGUCAGAUGGAAAGCAAUGCAGUAUCUAAUAGGCAGAGCCCUACCAAGCUAUAAGAUGUGUGUUCACAGGAAAACUAUGUGAAAAGGAAAGGCUUCUGCAAGCAGACCUCUUGAUAUCUUACUUUCUCCUCCCAAAGUGUUGUCUGUGUGCCUGGGGCAAGUUUUGUAGGACAUUAAAUAAAAUGCUUGGGACUCAAAGGCCAGGCCAAUGCUAUUAACAUGCAUUCUUUCUAAGAGUGACAAGCAAUUUAUCUUUUCUAAAUUUCCUCUUCGCAUGCAGGGUCACCAGAAAGAAGCAGGUCUCUGGAAUGGAUUUAAUGAUAUGCAAAGAAACGCUCUGUCACAUUUAUAUAUACUAUUUGCCACACUUUUAAUAAAACAUUUUCUGUGUCAAUGAUCCCUUGUUUAGCGCUCUGUUUUUCCAGUGAUCUGUCUUUGCAGAAAAGCGCUCAAGUGCUGUGCUGCGAAAUUCCCCUCUUGUCACCUGUGUUCCUUCUUAACUUUGUGCUCUGUGUGCUCUGCCGUCCCUGUGAAAUACAGACUGAAAGUUUAAAAUGACUGCUGGAGAUUAUGGAAUCUUUCUGAAGGCUGUAGGGCUUUGCUAUUUAUCAGUUAUCAUACAAUAACACUUUACGGAAAUGUAAUAUGUGAUUGUGAGUUGUAGCGUGGAAUAUAAGCUGCUACAGCCUCAAAUGCCUCUCCAGUCAGGUGUGACAGUUUUAUCAAAUCAAGGGAGAUUAAUGACUUGCUUCGUUUUGACAAAAUACAGCUGCUAAAUUUCCACUAAGAAUUAGGCAACAGAUUCUUUUCUCCAUGUCAUUAAACCUACAGGAAAUAAGUCCAUUAACGGGGCUCGUUUAAUUUUGCUGAGUAGCCUUUAGAUGAUUUCUAGGCUAGAUGUCAGUGAUUUAAGAAGUAGCGGGAUUCUUAAAAGUAGUUUAGGUUUUAGGCCGCAUUCGCCAGAGCAAAAUGUGUGCGCUUGGCUCUACCUUGAUCAUGCCAGGAGCAAAACGAACCACAAUCCCUGGCUUCCCGUUAUUUCUGAACCAGGGAAUGUGGUUUGAUUUGCUCCCACCAAAAAAGCUUUGUUCUUGGCUUUCCAGAACUCUUUUGAUCUCACCAAGGUUCACUUUCCACCAUGUCAGCCAUUACACCUUGCGGUCCUCUUUUCAGAAAUCGACAUAGAACGUUGUGUCCGUGAAUCAAUCAAUCUUUUCUGCUGGACCCCUAAGAGUGCCACAUACAGACAAUACGCACAGCAUCCCAAGCAAGCCGGAGAGGGCAACUGUUCAAGAAGUUUAAUGUCCUGUUUCUCAUCCGACUAUCAGGAUGCUCCCAGGAGUGAUCUGGUGAGUUUUUAUACUUUCAACUUACAUUGAUUUUUGGGUAUAUAGAACAGAAUAUUAAGGCUAAACAUACUCUUAUUCUCCUAUUUUUUUAAAAAAAUGGUAUUCACUGAGACCAUUCUGCAGAAAGGAUAUGUUUCUUUUUAAAAUCAAUAAAAUAAACCUAAAAACAAACAAAAAAUCCAGUUGUUGAUGUCAACAUUUCUUGUUGAUGUCUCUUCCUUCAUUUUACAGUUAACAGCUAUGUAUAGAUGUUUUCUCAUUGUGACAUUGCUUGACUAAACCACGUCAGCUAUUUAUUGUUUGGAGUUUGAAGUGUAUAUCUUUGUUCUUCAUGAGCACACUAAUUUGGGUUUCUAACUUCCCUGACUCCCCAAACUUUUUGAACUUCUGAGCUGUUUUGUGGUUUGAUGCCCACGUGACCUUUUAUUUAUGUUCCAGUACCAUCUUGAUCCUAGAACUGCUCUGAAGAAUGUGCCAAUGGAAGUAUUUCAUCUUGUGCCAGGGCUUCUCCCUGCUCCUGUAAUCAUACUGUUUCUGUUGUGCACGGGCUUUUAUUCCUGUAACAGAGAUUAUUGAGGUCUAGUCACAGAAUUUCUGAGUAAGCCUUCUCUUCACGGAGGAAGAAUAGCAAAAAAGAAUCCAUUUCCCUCUCCCGUGGAAUUUGUGGAAUGUGCUAUUUUAAAAGGCCCUGCUUUCUGAUGGCUUACUCACUGUAUCCAACGUGCUGAUUGCUGAUUCAACAAGCAGAUAGCUUCUCUCUUAGCAAUUAUGAAAAUGUAACCUUUGUCUUAAUUUAAAUACAGAAACAUUUCUUUGCAAUGGAAAUGGCCUUUGGAGGUGGCCUGGGGAGUGGGGUGAUCUCAGAUAAACCUUUGGAACUAGCCUGGGAAUAUUUUAUUUUGUUUGCUCUUUAAUUUAGGAAAUACAUUUUUUGUCUCUUUGAAUUUGCUUUUUUUUUUUUACUUUACAGAGGGAGAAAUACCUAGAGCAUAAUUACUCAGUUAUUAGUGUGGUGCUUUAGGGGCAGAUAAAAGGGACGCGGGUGGCACUGUGGGUUAAACCACAGAGCCUAGGGCUUGCCGAUCGGAAGGUCGGUGGUUCAAAUCCCCGCGACGGGGUGAGAUCCCAUUGCUCAGUCCCUACUCCUGCCAACCUAGCAGUUCAAAAGCACAUCAAACUGCAAGUAGAUAAAUAGGUACCGCUCCGGCGGGAAGGUAAACAGCGUUUCCGUACGCUGCUCUGGUUCGCCAGAAACAGCUUAGUCAUGCUGACCACAUGACCAGCUUAGUCAUGCUGUACGCUGCCUCCUUCAGCCAAUAAAGCGAGAUGAGCGCCGCAACCCCAGAGUCGGCCACGACUGGACCUACUGGUCAGGGGUCCGUUUACCUUUACCUUUACCUUAGGGGCAGAUGGGGCUCAUCAACCUCGGAAAGUAGCCCAUCUAGGAGAAGGGAAACCACUGCUUUGCAUGAUAUCUUCGGAAGAAGAAAAAACUAAGGGAGUAAACCCUACACAAAUCCAGAGUGGCGUCCCCAAGACUGUUGGAUGGUGCUUUCCAGCAACUCCCGCAGCCCAGCUGAUGCCAAACAUAUUGCUCUGCUUUCCUUUGGACCGCAUCAGCCAGGCUGUGAGGGGGGUCUUGUUGUCUGGGCAACCCAAGUCCUCCAUGCACAUUGGCCAGACUUACAUCCUUGGAAGGUCAAUAUGGUGCUGAUAGUGCAGUCGUUUGACUUCACCCCUGGAGGUGCACUCCGAUGUCUCUCAAGACAGAUGGAUGCCAACAGGUGUGGUGUUUUCAGCCCUCCUCCAAUAGCUUGGUACUGAAGCAGAUAGAUUUUAGAUAGAUUAAUUUAGAUUAUUGACAAGUCCCUGUCCUAUGCUGUCUUUGGAAAGCUUGCCUUGCUCAUUUGGAGUGAUGUGUGUAUGUUUGUGAUCCUGAAACAUGCAAUAUUCACAUUUUAUAAAACACACCAUAUAUUUUGUGGCUAGGGGAAAAAACCCUGAACUAUCCCAUUGGCUGCACCUUGCAACUAAUUGUUGCUUGCCCUCUCAAGGAGUUCCAAAGCAUAAGAAAUGCACGGAAUUGACAAACAAGGCCAAGAGACGUUGCCUGGGCAAGGUGUUUGUGCUUUCGGAGCCAAGUGAUAGCCUUAUCGGCAGAACUCCUUUGAUGGUUUUCCACAGUUCCCUUUGCACCCCAACACUCUCCGAACAGCUUGACACUAGAUGCCUCCUUUAUGAAAUUCCAAUUCCUUUCAUGCCAUGAGCAGCAUUUCUCCUCCGAGGUGUGCUGAUCACUUCCUAAAGUAAACUCCCAAAGACCAUUAUCGUGGAGCAGAGCAAAUGUUGAUGGUAUGUUAUACAAAAGAAAAAACAAAUACUUGGUCAGCAGUGGGACUCUCCCUUGUUUUCUUUUUCUUCGCUCUUUUUGUCUUUCUCUGUCCUAGCACAUGCCGUACCUCACUUCAAAAGUGCUUGAAGUGGCUUCAUUUCUUCUGACGUGGGAGGGGGGGAGAACUGGGGCUUCUGAGGCACCACUGCUGCUUAUCAGUUUACUAUUGCAAAAUUUGACUAUAUAGAGAGGGAGGGAGAGAAAGCAGGUUUUGUUGUUUUUGAGUUGUGAGGUUCAGUGUUAUAGGGAUAACAGUCCCAAAGAGAGCACUGUUCAUAGUUCUACCCCUUGUCCACAUCUGUAUUCUUUACUGAAGUUUUAUAGCAGAUGAGAGGCCACUUCAGAAAAUAGGGUAGAGUCAUCCGGCCAGAGUUUUAUGUCUCAUUCAUUUCAGCAGGCGUUGGGGGGGGGGAGUUAAGCAGACACUUAAUUCUCACUCAUUAAAAUGAAUGUGAUUUCAGAGCACUUAAGGCUGGCUGUAUCAUACCCAUUGCAUUUGAGUGUACACCUAAAUUGCAACACAUAAGUUAGGCACAUGUGUGUUUUAGUGUGCAAGGGAACAGCUGCAUGGUCAUGUCUGCAAGUAAGGAACCUGGAAAAAUGUGUUUAUAUUGCCGUUUGUGCACUCACAAAUCAAGGAGUUGCUACUUUGUACUAGGCUAGACUGUGUGUCCAUAUAGCCCAGAACUGUGUACUUGGACUGGUAGCAGUUGUCUAGGACAUACACAUACACAUAAACACACGAACACACACACACAGAGACACACACACACAGAGAGAGAGAGAGAGUAUAUAUUUGAAUAGAAUUUAACCACUGACAUAGAGGGAAGGAGAGAGCAAAUACACUUGCCUCCAAGAAGCUAUGCAACAGUAAUGGUGAGAUGUUGCCACCAUGCAGGUUGGGGGACUCAAUGUGUGACUAACCCAGUAAUACUCUGGGUUGCAGCCCACAGUUUACAGUGCAGAACACAGCCAUGCUUUAUGGACUAGAAUACUGUGGUGUUCAAAUGUCCUGAAUUUGUUUGCUUACAGUAAGAGCCAAAAUAAUGCUUUUGGCAAGCUUAGCCCUAGCAGAGUUUUAUUUCUUCGUAAGUAUUUGAGUAAUUUUAGGUAUAAAAAGAUGUGGCUAGUGGAUGCAGACUUUUUGGCAGCAAAUGUAGCUCAGCAUAGUGCUGUUUGUGGAGUGUUACUGUUUUAUGUCAUGGUUCAGUAAAGAAGCUGUAUAUUUUAUCACGAAAAUAGUAUUCUUCAUCUUAAAAAAAGAAUGAAAAUAGCCCUACAGUGAGUAUUAAAUUUCAUGUCUAGUAGAGAAAUAAUCCUCUAGGGUUAGUCCAUUGGGCAGAUAUAUUAGACAUAGAUGGUGUCAUCAUUAUAAAGGAAGUAAAGCUCUAAAAUAGAUGCUGUCUGUCUUCCCUUAUUCCCCCCUAUGUUAUGUUUAAUUGUUGUACCCAAAGGAUGCAGUAUCAAUCAAACUGAAGAGGGUAGCCGCAUAUAUAUGCUGCAAUUGUCUUGUGGUGCUAUUUGCUUUGUUCCUAUCUCCUUGGUUGCCACACGUAUAUGCUCUUUUUCUUAGCUUGUGUAAGAUAUGGGUACGUAAGAUUGCUGUCUGCUGUGAAGCUUUGCAGCUGAGAUUUCUUUCCUUCAGUAGCAGAAGAGAGGAGGCUAACCUUUCUACUGAGUCAAGGAGGAAGCUGUAAAUGAGGCUCUGGAUGGCAGUUUCCCUGUGUGAUUUGCAUCAAGUUGCCAUAUUUCAAGUAGAAAGGAUAUGUGCUUUGAUUACACAAAACAUCCCAGGCACCCAUCCAGUUGUUCAUUGAAAACUGGUGGAUGAUAUGUGGAUGCUGCAUUGAGUAAUAUCUCAGAGAUACCAAAAAUGCUUGUCACCGCAAUGAAUGAAAUGUGUGCGUUGGGGGAGAGCUUGUAUUAUGUGUGGCCCCAUGGGAGUUAGAGCAUAAAAUAGCUUGGAGUUUGUCAGAGAAACAAUGUUUACUCUUAAUGGAAAUGGGAGAUUGCGCACAAUGCUGCAUGAAGGCAUUGUGUUGCUAAAAAGCAUUGUUUCAUCUUUAUUUUCUCGUUUCUUGUCUCCAUUUAAAAGUCCAGGGAUUCUAUCAAGUUGAAUGAUCUGAAAUCAGAAGUGUCACCGAGGAUCUCGGCUGAAGAUUUGAUCGACUUGUGUGAACUGACAGGACCUGGUCAUUUCAAGACUCCAACAAAGAAAACAAAAUCUAGCAAGCCCAAGCUGCUUAUCGUUGACAUCCGUAACAGCGAGGAGUAUCCUUCUAAAUGGAAAAGCCAUAGAUUGAUCGUUACUAUAUGCUUUGCCAAUUUCAACCGAAAGCGCUACAUUGCUGCAGCAGGGAGUUUUAACUGGUCUGGCGAGUUAGGGAGAAGAUUUUUGGCCUGGCUUCUUUCUCCCUGACUUCUAAUGUUGUAAACCCUGUAAACCCUACGUUUUCAUAUUAUUUUACUUGGUGGAGCAUUUGCUCACGUGAGUCUCCUGCCUACAGUCUGAAGUUGUAAAGCCUAAGUGCAGGUUGACCAUCUCAAUGAGGACUAGGCUAUAAUAUACAUGGUAAAGGUAAAGGGACCCCUGACCAUUAGGUCCAGUCAUGGCCGUCUCUGGGGUUGCGGCGCUCAUCUCGCUUUAUUGGUACAGCUUCCAGGUCAUGUGGCCAGCAUGACUAAGCCGCUUCUGGCGAACCAGAGCAGUUCACGGAACGCCGUUUACCUUCCCGCCGGAGUGGUACCUAUUUAUCUACUUGCACUUUGACGUGCUUUCGAACUGCUAGGUUGGCAGGAGCAGGGACCGAGCAACGGGAGCUCACCCCGUCGCAGGGAUUUGAACCGCCGAUCUUCUGAUCGACAAGUCCUAGGCUCUGUGGUUUAACCCACAGCGCCACCCGCAUCAAUAUACAUGAUAGAGAGAAGCAUAAUGGACUUCAAGGAGAAUUACUUCCGCAUCUUAUUGAGGAUGUAGAAAGUGCACUCAGGAGAUGCACUCAGCAUCUGUCAGGAGGUGUGCAGCAGCAUUCUGCCCCACUGGAAGUUUCCAGGUUAUAUUCAAGGAGAGUCCCAUUCAGGGAGAGUGCAGUAACCAAGUCUGGAAAUUGCAUGAUCUGACUUGUCCAGAAAUGGGGGGGAAAGCAACCUUAUUAGGUAAAGAUGGAAAAAUGCACUCCUAGCAGCAACUCUGACCUGCUUCUCAAGAGCUAGUGCUGCAUCAGUGAGGCCUCCAUGUGUUUUACUUGAUCAGAAAGUGUCCCCCAAAAAGCAUUAAUCAUAGCCAAGCUAAGCACUUCUAAACUGCAGCAGCUGUCUACCAACAUCACCUCCAGCUUGUCUCAAUUCGAUUUAUUCUGGUCUCCCUCGUUCACUUGAACACAGACUCUGAAAACUGGUUCAGGACCUGUGACAGCUCUUGAGUGUCACAAUAAAUAUAUAUGUUAUCAACAUAUUUAAAGAAACUCAACCCGAAGUUACAGAUGAUCACUAUGAAUAUUAGUGCUAUAAGACAUAUAAAUAUUAGAUAGCAUUGGUGAUAGCACUUGAAAUCUUGCAGAAGCCAGGGAACUGGCAUAGCCUUCCCAAUAGUCCCCGGAUGAGUCAUAUCAGACAGAAAUAAGUUACCCUUGAUUAUAUCCUGAAAGUUAUCCUUUCAGCUCAGCUUGGUAGAGACUGUUCUACAUCACAACUUUAUAUAAGCAAAAUGGAACAGUUAUAGCUUGAAAAUAUGCCAAAACCCAACCUUCAGUGGUCAAAGAAGCAUGAAAGUAUAUUUAUUUCUUCUGUAUGUUUAUUAAUUUCAUACACCACUAGAAAUUUCCAGUCAAUCAUAGGCUUCAGUGUCAAAAGCUCUUUCUUGUUUAGUCUUCUGAGGUUUUUCUCCUGAAAGAGUUUAAUAUUUAAGCCGAAUGCAUUCAUAGCAAAGCUGUUUAAUUUUGCCUUCCCUUUUCGCUGGCAUGUUGAGGAAAAAACCAGAAAUGUGAGCAGGUUUGCUAGUAGUAACUAUUAAUUGUAAUUUAAUGCACCUAUUCAAUUCAAGGCAAGGCAAAUAAACUUUUUUAAAACUAAGGCCCUCCAGAUGGUGUGAUUAAAUGUUUAUUAAUAAAGUUGAGUUUUAGUCCAAGAAAUAAACAGGAAGCAAUAUUUUCCAGAAGAGGCUAAACAUUGCAUGUCUAGAUUUGUUCAGAUAGGAUGAGCUACAGGUCUAGAGUGGAUAACUGCAUUGCAUGUUUAAUUACACGUUACUGAAACAUAAAGGGCAGUCCUACUCCUUUCUGCUCCAUAUCAAACACAGUUUGUUGUGUCAUCGAAAUGGAGAAACUUGUUAAACCUAACUAUAGUUCACAUCCAAGCCAUAACUGGAAAAGACUGUUUGAAUGGUAUGAGAGCAUAGAACAUUUUCCUGAUGGCCAGUCAGUGUUGCUAAGUUGUGUUGCCAGCCUGUAGCUGUCCUAGUUGUUACACCCUUCUGCAUACCCAUGUAAUUCCUGCUAGCUGUUUCCCAGGACUUUGCCAUACCCCUCCAAGCACUUCAGGAAAAGAGAAGGCAGAUGGCAGCUUAGUGCAUUUUCCUUUACAUAAUUUAAUGGAAAACACGCACUCUGCAGGGUCUAGCAACAGGUGUCCUAUUUCUUUUAGCGACGUUUUCCAUGUAACACUGCACUUGGGAGCUAAGGAGUUACUGAAAUACAAUCUGGUGGCUGUUGUAAGUUUGAGAGGCUUUUCUUUUUUCCAGUUUUAUAAGGUGAAGCUUCCUGGUAAAAGGAUGUUAUCUGGGCUAUGCUUGGGGGUUUUUUUGGGGGGGGGUUAAGGUCACAUCUAGGUGAUAUUUUUAUUUCUAUAGAAAUUGUCUACAAUUCAUUUCAUUAAGCACGUUACAAAAACAUGAGUGGUGGUCCAUUCAUUUCAUGAAGUUCCCAGCAAAAUUUCUUUAUGGUCCUAUAACCUCCUUUGCAUAAAUUUCUAGCUUUUGUAAUAAUCUCAGCAAUGGAGUGGUUAAGAUAACCAGCUAAGAUUAGAAAGAAUUCAAAAGACAUUUUGAAGUGUGCAUAGUGACUAAUGCAACUACUUUAAUCAAAAAAGUAACUGUAUUUGACCUUCUUAAGGUUAAAGGCAUUUUUCUCCUUGUCAUGUCUUACAAUUACCAUGUCAUAUUGAAAUAUAUACAUUGACUCCAUAGAUUUAUGGGUCUGUAAAUUUUGGAAUGCAAGAAAUACUUAUUCCUUUGAGUUAGAAAAUUAAUGAACUGUGCUAACUAAGUGGGAUGGUUUAGUUUAUUGGUGAUCUUACAAACUUCAUACUUCCCGCAGUAUAAAUUUUACAGUCAUCCAGAUGGAACUGUUCAAAUGAAUUAUUUUUAAAGGAAUCUCUUAAUCUUAGAUUAAUUCUAAGCCUUUCCAAGGCAAUUCAUUCUAGAUCCAAGAAUAAAAAGUAGCUUUCUUUGGCACCCGGUACUCUUGAAGACAUAACGUGAGCGCGAGUUGAAAAACCAUGACUAUUUGACCACCACAAAUCAUACUUGAAAAUGUUUUCUGUAAAAUGUGUGUUGAAUGCAUAUCACUUGCAUGAAUGCAGAAGCUAACUUUUUUGCACUUACAAUGAAUGAAAAGGUAACCAAUAACUUUAAAAAUAUCUUAACAUGGGGGUAACCAACUUGUGGCCCAGGACCAUAUUCUAGCUCCUAGAGCAGGCAUAGGCAAACUCAGCCCUCCAGAUGUUUUGGGACUAUAAUUCCCAUCAUCCCUGACCACUGGUCCUGUUAGUUAGGGAUGAUGGGAGUUGUAGUCCCAAAACAUCUGGAGGGCCGAGUUUGCCUAUGCCUGUCCUAGAGGCUUCACAUCUGGCCCCAUCAUGGUCCCAGAUCCCAAGGAUCUCUUUAUCUUACUAUGGCAUUGAUUGUGGACAAUCUCAUCUUUUUAGCACCCAAACUUCAAUGUUUGUUACUUCCCCAUCAGGUAACAACUUUUGUUCUUGCAAAUGCAACAUAUCUAGGUGUGUAUGGGCUUUGUGAGUACAUGGUGCUCAAUCCCUAGCAUGUCAAUCCCUAGCAUGUCUACCUAGGGCUGGGAAAGAUCCCUGUCAGUCAAAAGCCCUGGAGAACUGUUGCAAAUUGGUAUGGACUAUGGACAAUUCUAAGCUCAAUGGACUAAUGGCCUGACUCAGUAUAAGGGAACUUUCUAUUACUUGCUCAGGGCUUUUUAAACUCUCAUCCCAUGUGAACAGUAAACAUUUGCAGAGCACUCUCCUUUUGCACUUAGGCACCCAUUCAGAGGUGCAGCAAAAGUCUCUAUCUGUGUGACUGUCUAGGGAGUGGUGGCCCAGGAGAGGGCAUUCUCUGUGACAGACCCCCAAGUUGUGGAAUUCCUUCCCCAAAGAGGUGUGUCUGGCGUUUCCAUGAUGCAGUUUAUGGUUGUGUGUUGAAGACACCUCUGUAUCCUGGUCUUUCACACCUGAAACAAGUGUUUUCAGGACCCACCUUAUUCCUGUGGUUUUUAAUAUAGAUUUUAAGUUGCUACAACCACCCCAGAGACCUUACGGUGAAGGUCGGGUACUAAAUUGAAUAAAGGACGAUGAUAUUCAGAGCUUGGUUUUCCUCUCUUCCUCCUUGAUUUCCUUAAUGGACCUACUUCUUGCACAGCUUUAAUCGAGGGCAUAUAUCUGGCAGCAUCAACAUCCCAUUUGGAUCGGCAUUCACUGCUGAAGGAGACCUCGUCCAGUGCCCUGCUACUUCCACUCUUCAGAGCUUUAAAGGGAGAGUUGUCGUGGUUGUAGGACACGUGGCAAAGAAUGCAGCACUGGUAAGUUUUCUAUGAUGGCAUGAAUGUUAAGGAUGAGAAGGUUUAACAAUAACAGUUAGUUAGUGGUACGGUAGUGUGUAAUUUUCUGGACAGAAUUCUACAGAAAUAAAGACUUGUUCUGGACAUACAACUUUUUAGAUUACUGGGAUAUUAAUCUGUAUCUCAUGUACGAAACCAGUUCCAUGAUAGACAUGGAAGAGUGUCGCUGAAAUUUAUUCACUUAUGUAUUUGUGUGUGGUUUUGCUAUGGUUGCUUUUGUAUUUCUUCUGUGGUUUUGGCUAUUAAAUGUUCUACUGGUUUCAUUGUAGCUUUUAAUCAUUGUGUUUUAUGAGCUGUUGUAAACUGCCCUGAAAAAUUUUAAUUGGAGGGGGGUAUUGCAGUGUUUUGAAUAUGUUAAUGCAUAAUGGAUUGGCAGCAGUAACUCACAACAACAACAGACGGAGUCUUGAGGUGGUAGUAAGGGUUUAAUUUAGUUCCUGGGGUGUUUCAACACUGGUGUUACAAUUAUGUCAGUUUUUACUUGAUUUGUGUGUUAAGGGUAACUGCACACAUACGCUUAAAAUCAGAGCAGGUCUGAUUUUAUGAAUGUCUCAAAGCACUUGCUUAUUGACAGUCUUCAGAUAGCUAGAUUUUGUCUGUGAGCAGGUUUCCCCCAUCUCUUUCUUGUGUGGCACAAACUCCCUAUUUGAAGGACCCUGUUUACUUGGGCAAUGGAAUUCACAUGGUUUCCAGCAUCACUGAAGUAGCUCACAGAAUGUGAGUGUGGCCUCUUUGCCUGGUCAACAAACAAGGAAACCAGAAAAACAACUUGCCCAAGAUGAGUGAACAGAAAUAUCUCUGCUUUCUUGCUUUCUUCCUUUUUCUUUGGGGGUGGGGGAGAAUAUUGCAAUGGCCAGUAUGGUAAACAACACCUUUUCUGAAACUGAUCACAUUACUGAAUGCAUAGUGAGUUAAUUGCAUCUACUAAGAGCACUAAUUCUGAAGAAUUGUCAUAUUUCUAUUAAUACACUUAGACGUGCAAGCCGACUCUCUGUGAUCUGAAAUGACAGGGUUGUCCUUUUGCAGUGCAGAAGUAAUCCUCUUAAUGUGAAAAAGAAGCUCAAGCUUAACAUUAUUAAUCUGUUGACAAUAAUAAUUAGCCAUUCUUGUCUCUGUUACUCUGGGAACAGCAUUUUCUUGGACACAACUUUGGGAGCUCAGGCCAGGAGGGGGUGAUUAUGAAGCUAAAUGAACUUUUUACCCUACAGUGUUUUUAUAGCUGUCUGUGGUUAUGGCACAUGAACUUUUGAUCAUCACAGCCAUUUGUUUUUGGCCUGAAAAGUUACCAAAAUGUUACUAUCUCAUUUUCUGGAACAAUUUUUAAAUACCUCACUCCAAAUACCAAAAUAUCACAAUUCUUGCUAGCACAGAGAAAUAUUCGCCAUUAGGGAGAGAUGGGCAACCAACUCCAAACAAAAAGUCAAAGUCGGAGUCAUGAUUUUGCACGAGGUUUUGGUGGCUUAUUAUAAAGCACAAGGAAACAGACACAUUCUUGGCAAAUGUAUCUUUCCCUUAUGAAACUGACGUGUUUCCAAAUGUGCCUGGUGACCCUUCCACGUGGGAACUGUUCCUUUGGCUGACAGCAAAAGAAAGUAUCUUGGUUCACAUCACAAUGAUCAUUGUAGAAUAUUUUCGGUGCUUACUAAUUACUGAAUCUAUGCACAGUGGAUGCAUGAAAUAGUUUUCCAACAGGUUUGGGGGAGCCCCUCCCCAUGAAAGGCGUCUCUGGGAGGCUGAGCCAAGAGUGGAGGAACAACAGGGACUGUUGAAGCUUUUCCCAAUGGACCGUGGUUUCAUGCUUUUCUCCACAUUGUUUCUCAUGCCUGGAACUUGAGGGUGCACAGCAGUGCAGCUGGAAAGGGUUAAACUCCCUCUCCUUCCUGCACUCCCAACUGCAGACAGCCACAAACAAUUUCAAGGCAUCGUAUUUUUGCGUAUUUAAGGCAUCGUAUUUAAGGCAUCGUAUUUUUGACAGUCACACAAAGGGGGGUGAAAUGAGGGAGCAACGAUGAGCAAACUUAACUCCACCUCCCAUCACUGUUGCCCUCCACAGGUUGGAGGAAUAACAUCUUUGGUGGAGAGCCUGGUCUGCUUUUGUAGGCUACCUCGGAAGAUUUAAAACCCUGUUGCAUCAUGCGGGGAGCCAACAUAGGUAGAGCAGUCCGUCCCCCCCCACACACGCUACACCUCAAACCCAUGGAGGGCAACAGGAGACAGAGCCAGCAUUUGCAUCCUUGCUUUCCCCCUUCAUACAUUGAUUCAGCACAGAAGUAGGAUGCCUGAAUAAGACUGUAGCUUUGUGUCAUUUUAAAACAGGCAUCAGGAAAAGGUUACACAUCUGCCAUAUGAUGUCUAGUUUGGACCCAGAGGCGUUCCAUUUUGCUCCCCUUUGCCCUCAGAACCAAGAACGGUGUUGAAUGAGAAGUACAUAGAAACCUUGUUGUUUUCCAAAUGGCUUUGAAUGUUUUGCUGUUUGAUUCCUUUAGCGCAUUUGUUGAUUCUGCUUCCUUUUUAGAAACACCUGUAGUAUUCUUGCAGUUGUAUCAAUGGAUGCUUCACCAAGUAUAUUGUCCCUUGUAAAGUUCAAGGUGGUGGGAAGGCGGGACAGGCUGUAUAAAUAAAGUUAGGAUUAUUUUGCAGCUUAGGUAAGAAGACCCUGUGAACUGCUUCCUUCCACCCGAGCUGACUGUGUUGAUUUUAUGCAAACACAACAUAAAUUGUUACAGCAAGUUACUAACUAAGCAGUCUUUGGUGGUGGCGAGAUCUUUCCACUUUGAAAAGUUGGAAGAACUGUUUAAUAAAUACUUGUACAUUUUUAAGUAAACAGUUUGAUCUGUGGUAAGUGUGGUCAAAUUUAAAGUAGUUAAGCUAGAAAUGUUCUCUUUUGGCGUAUGCUGGCCUGUGGUAGCCUUAUCUCUUAUCAUAUUUUUCCAUCUGUGCAGAUGAAUGGGAACUUUAAACUCCUUGUGCGUUAGACUCUUAUACCUGUCAGUUUAUACUUGAAAUUAUGGAGUGGAAAGUGUACAUUCCUCACCAGUUGAGCAUGCAAGGAAUUCUUCCUUGAUCUUGAGUGAAAAGUGCAUUUUUACCAUACUCUGUUCCUCACUACUUAUCUCCCUCAUUACCAUCAUAUUUCAGGGUUGGUACAGCUGCAAACCACAUCUAAGAAACAUGUUUCCAGUGUCAUUGAUCACCAGAGGAUCUUUACUGUUUGACUUUGUUAAAUAAGUAGUCACCUACAAAACUAAUAGGGAUCUAAGAGUGUGCAACAUGGUGUGUGGAAUCAAUGCAGAACAGCCAGUAGCUUAAUAUGUUUAGGUGGCCCCAUGCAUAUCAGAUUUUCUACCCACGUAUACAUGGUCCCCACACUGAUGACUUCUGAACACUGAUGACUUCUGAAUGACUUUCUGGUCCAAAGUGAUUUUACCAGAUAAUUUAGUAAUUGGUGUUUAACUGCUGUUGUUUUUAACUUGUGAUGUUACUACUGCUUUGUGCGUUUGAGCUGUUUGAGUCUGUUGAUACUGGAUUGUAUCCAGCAUUAGUCAUGCUCGAGAGCAGACACAUGAACACGACUAAACUAGGUCCAUUCAUGUGACUAGGUCUACUUAGUAAAUUUUGUUGAAUGCCACCCAUUGUUUUUAAUUCUGCUGCUAUAGUGGGCUGUGGUCAAAUAAUUUUUACUCAAAGUAGACCCACUGAAAUCAGUGGGUCCAAAUCAGACAUGGCCAUUAAUUUUUGCUGGGUCUACUCUGAGUAAAUAUUAGUUGACCUCAGCUCUAUAUUUUUAGAUGUCUUGGUGGUUUUAGGGUAUUAUGGUAUUAUAUAUUUUUAAAUGUUUAAAGUUAGCUAAUUGAAUUAAAGCGGCCUGCAUUUUAUAAGUGUCUGGUAAUCAUGAUCUCAGUGAAAUAUUGUGAAUUCCUAAAAUGGGGUUGUGUGCUGAUAAAGCAUUGAAUGAUUGCUUUACCUCAUUCUGGAUUUCUUGUAUAAGAACAUAUUGGGCCAUAGUUACUUAAACAUUAUCAUUGAAUUAAAUCAUUUAACAAUAUGCUCCCAAGAAACCCCAAGAUCCAAUGCAUGAUGUAGAAAAGUACCAUUGUUUGCUUCUACUGCAUUUUUUAGCCAACCCGCCUUCACAAAUCUUCCAUUUUUCCCCCUUACACUUGUCUGUAAGAGAAAUGAAGUGCCAGGAUUUGGCCAUAGUCCAGUUACUGCUCAACAGUUUUCCCCUCCCUUAAUGGAAUCUCCAUUGUAUACACUUUGAGUGCAUGAAGUGUCUAACGUACCAACAUACAUGAAAGAUGUUAAGUUUUACUGCUCUCAGCAGUCUGGACAUAAACAUAAUUUGACCCUACCUUCUAUUGAGGAACGUGAUAGUUGACAGUAGAACUGUAAACACAAGAUUUUAGCUUCUGAUGCAUGAGUAUAACAAGAAGUUGGAGCUAUACAUUCUAAAGCAGAUAAAUGUAUUCGGGAGAAAAAGUUUAAAAAUGAGUAGCAAUCAGUGGUUAGCCUUAAAGGGGCUUUGAUGGUAUCCAGGCUGCCCUGGGUAUUCCUCCCCAAGCAAUGAGAGAAGAGGUGGGAAAAGCAGUCAAGGCAGCCCCUGCCUUCCUGGGAACAACAAGUGGGCAGGACAGUUUGGGGAGGGGGGUCAGCCAGCCAUUAUCAUUAGCACAAGGACCAAGGAACUGGAUGGAGACCAAGAAGGCUUGAAUAGCUGCUACGUUGCCAAGGGGAUGUUGCCUCACCUGACACCAUUUGAGACCCUGGAUGUCUCCCAACCUGCCUCUGGAAGCUUGCAGCACUUUAAGAAACAGAGGGAAGGGGCUAGGGAGGAGAUCAACCUGCUGACUCUUGUCUUUACCAGUGGCAAAAUGUGGGGUAGACACUACCCAUCUCUCCAUAUCUGCGGCUCAAGAGGGAGGUAAACUCAUUGCAUUGCAAGGGGUUGCACAACUCUCAGGGGUCACUUCCAACUCUACAAUUCUGUGAUUCUGUGAUUUUAACCUCUGCAGCUACAUCCAUGUUUGUUGCCAAAAGUUAAAGUGCUAGACAACAGGGGUGAUCAUCAUUUAGCAUCAUUAGUAGAAGGGGAAGUAUUUAGCACUAAUCCCCUAGUUAUACCCAUAAUUAUAGCAGGGGUAAUUGGAUAUUCUUGAACUCUGAACUCCCAUCAGCUUUGCUGGCUGCUUGUGGUGGCAUUUGGAGACCAACAAAAUGAAGAGGGCACCACAUUGGCUACACCUGGUCCUGCAGUUAGUUUUCCAGAGCUAAGUUCCAAGUACGUGUAAGUGAAAUAAGUGCACGUUCUUCGACUCCUUAGCCGGGUUGGCACUCUGUAAACUGCCAUGCACACCGAUGGAACUGUAUAAAGGAAAUUAGCAAUAACCGCCAAUGUUCCUCUAGCAGUGUUUUACUUUGCAGAAAGCACAGGUGAAGAAGAUGUCGUGUCUUUCUAGCAACUGGCAUGUGUGGCAUCGCCUCUGACAAAUGCAGGUUUUUCUUGGUGCAAGUGAGACCUGAGUAUGAAACAUGGCCCAGCCAUUUAUUUGGUGCUGUUGGAUAGUAACCUAGAUGGAGCCUAGACAUAAUCCAAUACGACUGUUUUUGAAUUGGGUGGAGAGCAGGGCUGCUUUCAUUGUUAUUUAUUGUGAUUUGUCGCCUUUUCAAAUUGCAUCCAUGGAUGUCUCUCUCUGGUGAAAAUGAUGCAUGCAAGCACAUCCUGUCCUUCAUCCCAUCAAUAAAUAUCUUCCUGAAUUCUAUUUACAAGACCACCUAGUUCCAUGUCACAUUUUACAUUCUGUCCCUUUCCACUCAAGCUCUUUGCCAUUUCUUUUCUCUGCAGUAUUCCUCAUCCUUUGGACCACCCAGCUCGCAAAAGGCACUACAUUUCUUCUGCAGUACUCUGCUGAUCUCUCUCUCUCUUACAGCUGAUAUUUCAGCAGUUGUCACAGAUCCUCUCCAGCCUGGUUGCUAAGGGUCUCCCAGCAUGAGGGUAGUAAUAGCCCUUUGUCCCGUUGGGAGGUUUAAAAGGUCAUUUGUCAAAGUUUCAGUGAAAUCCUUGUUUUACUACAUCAUGAUUACGGACGAAUAGGACAGCGCAAGAUUUAUCAGCUCUGAGCGAGAAGCAAAUCUUCAGGACACACAGUUGCCUUUUGAAUAAGCGGAAGCCAAAGGCACAGCCGUAAAAUACAUAACUGGAGUUCUGUUGGCUUUUCACUUGAAAUUAUGAAUAGAUCUCAAGGGUUGUAGUUCUGUAUUCAUGGCCCCUUCAUAUGCAGCUGCAACCACUUGGGAGCAGGUUCCCUUUGGUGCUCAAAUGCAUCUCCCAGGUAUGCAUGGGAAUACUGUAGUGUAGGGUGACCUAGGGGUCCUUCCAAGCCAUUGACAAUGAGGUAGAAAAGACUGACUUCAUCAGCCCAGUUUUUUGUUUGUGUACGGGUUAAUGCAUAAAGAAAAAAGCUUAAUAGCAGGGUAGGGUCAGGAAUCGUAGUGGAGACCUUCUACUAUAUAUUGAUAAGGAAAUGUGCACAAUUCCUUCUUCAUGGAAGGUUAAUAUGCACCUUCUCCGUGAGGCCUGGUGAAUGUGCACAAUGGCUGGUUUUUCUGCACAAUAACUUACAUUCCCCUUAACAGCUAUGCCACCGUCAAUGUGCAUUACAAGAGUUGAACAUGAUAGGGUGCUGCCUCAAGGAGUUUACAGUCUAAAAUUCAAUCCAGAAAGAAUAGGGGAAGAUUAUGGGUUUUUUAAUUUCAGUUGCUUUGACUUACUUAUAAUUGGGCCUUGGGAUAAUAUAAGGUGGAUGAAUGGAUUUGGCAUUUCAAGGAAAAUGUUAGCUUUGAGACCAAAUGAGAGCCGAUAUCCUGUAGGUGUUCUGAAAGGCAUAGGAGGCAGAAAAGAAUAAGGGGCAUAGUCAACUGUCAGAUGACCGGACGUAGGGUGGAACUGGGAAAGGUUGCAUGCAGGAGUGCAUUGGGACUUAAGAGUGAAGAAAUUGCAAGGGUGAGACUAUGGAGGGUUUUUCCAGUAAGGGCAAUUGGUUUUCAUUCGGAGUGGGCUGAAUGAAUGCAAGACAGAGAAGAGAUUUAAGAAGACAUGCCAUGCAAUCACAGGCUACAGAAAGCCGAGAGCUGAAGUGCACCAAUGGAAAAUCCAUAAAGGUUGGUUGUAGCCAAAGCAACACAACUCGGGUUCUUGGCAAAGGAAGCAAAGAGCUGUAUUUUCUGGUCUACCCACAUUGUUGCCGUGUCGUCCCCUGGGUAACAGUAAAGCCAAUGUUUUGCUGGGUUUUCCCCUUCUCCUGACCACAGACAGCGCCCUUCUGUCGAUCUGGCAGCAACCUGAAUGGAGACACAGACGCCAAGGUUGUUUGGCCUUGCUCUUUGCUAAAGUGGUUUGUUUAGCAGCAGCUACACUCAGUACUCUACAUCUGUGUGAUCAGCUGUGUCUCUGUUUGCAUAGGUGUACGGUGUACUUUGAUUGUUCACCAAACUCUGCAGCUGGUUCAAGCCCAACAUGAGAAGCUGUGGCAUACAAAAAGAUCAUCUGCAGCCAACGGGAGAGGUUUUAACACAGGGACUGGAAACCUGUGAUGCUGCAGUUGCUUCUGGACAAUAGCUCCCAUCGUUCCUGCCCAUUGGCCGUUCUGGCUAGGACUCAUGGAAGCUGGAGUUCAGGAUGCAGCAGGUUCACCAUUUGUUUCUUAGGCCAUGUCCUGAAGGCACACGACAGGCAGCAAUAUGGAGGGUGUGUGUGGAGAGAGAAAGUAUGCUUAGAAUCUCAGAACUGUAGAGGUGGAAGGGACACCAGGGGCUAUCUAGUCCAACCCCCUGCAAUGCAGGAAUCUCGGCUAUAGCAUCCAUGACAAGUGGCCAUCCAACCUCUACUUAAAGCAGUUUGAUUUUGCAGCAUAAACACAAGGAUGGUUGUUGUUUCUCUUUAAACCCAGUGAACCCCUCUUUUACUGUUUCGCUUACUCUUUGUAUAGCAAUUAUUAUCAUUAUUAUUUUAUCAUUUAUAUUCCCCAGCAACUCUGGGCAGCUUCCAGCAAUAUAAAAUCACAAUAAAACAUCAAACACUAAAAACUUCGCUGUAGAGAGUUGCCUUCUGGUGUCUUCUGAAUGUCCUGUAGUUGUUUCUCUGUUGUUAAUCUGUUACUCCACAGUGGCUGGUAGGGUGGAAGGCAGGGAGCCCAACAGUUGGCAGAUCCCAGAACUAAUCACAGGCAUAGCCAACAAAUUCUAGUUUCCUCCCCAUUGUCCUGACUGCAGAACUGAGACAAAGGAGGAAGGCGGCAGCCACAACCUGGACUGGUUGUAAGAAGGCAGGUGGGGGCUGACGGAAGGCAGACGGAGGUUGCUGGGACAGUGCCCCAUUUUCCCUGAUGGACUAGCCUCCACUGCCAUUGCCUGAUUUAUAUUACAGUGCCUUUUUAUUGGGCAUCUACAGUGGUGCCUCGCAAGACGAAAUUAAUCCGUUCCGCGAGUGUCUUCGUCUAGCGGUUUUUUCGUCUUGCGAAGCAACCCUAUUAGCGGCUUAACGGAUUAGCGCUAUUAGCAGUUUAGCAGCUAUUAAAGGCUUAUCGGCUUAGCGGAUUAGCUGCUAAAAGGCUAUUAAAGGCUUAGCGGCUUAGAUAAAGGGGGGGGGAGCGGAAAAAAAAUCUCAAGACUCGCAAGACAUUUUCGUCUUGCGAAGCAAGCCCAUAGGGAAAUUCGUCCUGCGAAGCAACUCAAAAACAGAAAACCCUUUCGUCUAGCGGGUUUUCCGUCUUGCGAGGCAUUCGUCUUGCGGGGCACCACUGUAUUGUCAUUUGGGCAAGAGUCUUCUUCAUUUUUGGUGCACAUAUCUAGCCUGGUGUUGUCUCUUCCCCCUUGCCUCAGAUUCCUAUCACCUGUUAUCCGAUCUGUCUUCCUGCCUUCCUUUUCUUUUUUGCCCAGGAUGGAACAUGGGUCUUUCAGCACAUGUUUCGCCACUGAUCUGUUACCCCUUGCCUUAAGAAAGCAACAACUUUUAAUCUUUUAUCAGCACAGUACGGUCUGUUUGUUUGUUUGUUUGUUUGUUUGUUUGUUUAUAUAGAGAACAGGCAAACCAUCAAAAUACCUUGAAAUAAUUUUGUAAAGCAAUACUGUGGUUUGAUUGAUAGGAUGAUGCAGGUAUCCCAGCAAGCCACCUUGCUCCUUUGUGCUAAUGUGUAUGUGCACAUUCAGAAAUGAUAGGCAUCUUCCUGACAUUGGGUCUUUCUGCUUCAGUUUGCAGCUCACCUGGUGAAAGUCAAAUAUCCAAGGGUUUGCAUUUUGGAUGGAGGCAUCAACAAAAUCAAGCCAACUGGUCUGCUGACUGUUCCUUCUCCACAAAUAUGAGUGAGAAGCUUGCAUUUUUACCAACAAUAUGAGAAGAUUCUUUAUGGGCAUUACGGCAUCUGCGUUGCAAUAGCGACACAUAUUUUUUAUGGCUUUCCAUCGUGAUUUUGCAGGAAAUACUGUAGUAUUCUUCCCUUUCACCUUUUUUCUGGAUGAAAAAGUGGAGCUUUGGAAUGUUUAAUGUCACCCCAAGUCAUCUAAGAUCAUCAUGGCAAUGAACAUCAACUGUGCUAUUUUAAAAAUCCGCAGACAUUCUCUCAAAAUAUUCAUGCAAAAAUAAGUGAAUUGUUUUAAAGUAAAUGUUUCAGAGAGCGAACACUUUAAAUUAAUGGGAUGCAAUCAACUCAUGCAGAUCCGAUAAAUGUUGGGCUCUUGCACAUUUCCCUUUCAAAGAGUUCUGUUGUCUUAUUUCUCUUGUUUUUCUAUUUCUAGUGCUCUUUCUUUUUUAAAAGAUAUUGGUAUCAAUAAAAUAGCAUGCCUCCACUCUUGGCAACAUUUAAAAAACAUUUUGUUCUAUCAAAUACUUCAUUUAAGCCAUGUUUAACCUUUCUUUCUUUGAAAAAUUGCAAAUGUCUGAAUAUUAACUUUGAUAUAAAUGAACUUUACAAAUGACGUCUGCGUAAAAAGUAUAGGCUUGUGCACAAACCUCACAGAUAACAUCCUCAGGCUUUAUGUUUUAAUUUGUAAUGUAAUUUAAAUUUGCUUUUUGCAAAUUCUAAAACUCCGAAGAAAUAUCUCUACUUCAACAACUUACAGACAGCGUCAGAAGGAAAACAGUCGUGUGUGGAGAGCUUAAGGUGGAGAACACCCUGGCAGUCUUCACCUUUAUGUUUUUCAGCAUUAUAAGACCUAUUGCUUACAGUGUCUGCAUCAAUAGACUAAAAUAAAGUCCUGAGUUUGUUUUUACCGUAA